CCCAUCUGGACUUAGCUGCCACCCUCUUCUUUCCCUCUUCGUGAGCCUAGAAUGUCCCACAGGCGGAGAUGCAUGGAACUUCAGCCCAGUGGGAACUGACAACGGGCAAGGGCUCAUUUUUGUCUCCCUGAUACCUUAGGGUAAGUUAACAACUGACAAAUCCUAUUUGUGUAACAGUGAUCCCUGGAUAUCAGAAAGGUUUGACUGCCCUCUGAGGCAUGUACAAACAUCUGGCCGCGCUGUGCAUAUGAAAAUGGCUUUGCAGCUGGAUGAAAUGUUUAUUUAACCAUGUUUGCUAUGUCUGAUGGAUUGUUACGUUGCAAGUUCUGUGUCUUCUGCAUAUGGCAAACCUUAAUGCUCUGUGUAUAGUAUGAUCCACACACAGUGUCAUUUCCUUCUGUAUCCAGUCUGUGUUCAUGUAAGUCUCUCGUACUCUGCUUCGUCCUUCAUGGGAUUGGGGGUGGGAAGUGUCAGCAGGAUGUUUUCAUCAGCUUACAGACUGAAGUUUCUACUCUUUCCUUAUCAGGCAGCUAAAGGGUUUGGUGGAAAAACUGAUAACCGAAUCAACGAAUUAAAGGAAUAAGAUACAAAAUUGCAAGUUUUCGAAAAGAAUACUCCUUGAGACAAUAUGAUCUUGCGGUGGAUUCUGACUUGGUGUCUCCUCCUGCGGUCAGCGUUUACAGGUAACUUUUUCGACUGUCAUCUUCUUGUCACUGUGAUUGUAACUAACAGACGUGUGUGGCUUUUCCAUUUCUGCAACAGAAAUACUUAUGACCAUCCUAACGUGCUUUAACUUUUCAAAACGGUGAAAGGAAAAGCAACACAUACAAUUAUAAAUCAGUGCGUGACCACUAUAGUUUGAAAGUGUUUAACUUAUUCAUCAUUGCUGUCAUGUACGUACAAAUCAUUGUAUUUUAAUUACAGUUAACCACAAAGCUUGUACAAUGCUACAUUAUUUCCCUCUCAGUGCUCUUUUUUAUAUUUAUGAUUAUUAUUAUUAUGAUUAAUAUUCAUAAUUUCUUUAUUUAUGCUCGACAAGUAUUAGAUACAUUGGUGGUAUUCCUUUUUGGUUUGUCAUAAUAAAAUAAUUGGCACGCUCCAUUUUGUGCUUUUUUUAAUGGGAAUGAUCAAUUCUUUCUGAGUGUAUUAAAUCUGCCUGCUCACCUGUUUCAAAUAAAAUUGUGUGCAUUCUUGCUAAUACCCACGUCUGCUCAAUGUUAUGUAGUAUGUACGGCAUUCUCCUCUGUAAUUUUCGUCUGUUUACCCUGGUCAUCCACAGCUGUUUCUAACUAGGAUUAUGUUCGAGAAUGUCAUUUCUGCUUUACAUCCAGUUGAAUUACUGCGUGUGAUUUAAGUCAUUAUGCUCCAUCCCAAAGUCCAGGGACCGGGGUGUGACAUACCUGAUGCUGAGUAUCUGGUCACACGAUGGAAUGUCAGCUCAUGGAGUUAAGAGUGAACCAGUAAAUGGCGUUAAAUGGCUCAGUUUUGGUGACUGCUGUCAGUGCAUUAUAAAGUGAUUUGGUACUGUUUCUAAAGAAUGUAAACUGAGACUUGUGGCUGUUAUCAAGCUGCGUUCACUCACCGCAGUGCCUGCUAGUGGGUAUUAUGACAAGGUUAAACUGUGUAUUUUAAUCCAUGUCAUGUUGCCAUUGGUAUGGUAAUUAGAAACUCUGCUUGUUUUUGUUUUCAACUUGUUAAGCGAGGGUUUUUAUUUUUAUUUUUUUUAAAUAUGUUAAGAAUGCAAACUAAACAUCUCGGAUCUAUGAAAAUUGAUCUGAUAUAUUCAAGAUUUGUUUAUUUUUUUUGUUUUUGAUUCUGUUUUUAUUCAUUGUCUUUAACCCCUUAAGGACACAUGACAUGUGUGACAUGUCAUGAUUCCCUUUUAUUCCAGAAGUUUGGUCCUUAAGGGGUUAAAGAUGUUGUUGGCAAUUGAGUUACUUAAACCGACUUUUGAUAUUGGCUGUUUACACUAAAAAGUAAAAUGUGAAGACAGAAAAUAAUCUCCAAAUUUAAAUGAAAAAAAAAUCUGAAAAGUGUACGGUUAAUAAAAUAAUGGAAUAUAUGUGAUUUUAUUAUAUGACAAAUUACCGUACUGUUAAGUUUUCAAUAACAUGUUGGACCUUCGAUAAUUAAUGCAUGUCAUUUCUAUGUUACUCUCUACUAGGCUAUGUAGAGGUCAUCAAGCUAAGAUGUUAGUUUUGUACACUGUACGGUUUAAAUGUCAUAUGGAAUGUUUCACUAAAUUGCAAAUUGUGGAUAAUUGACUUGAAAGAAAUGCAAAAUUUUUGUCCAAAAUAACUGAGCCGGAAAAAAAAGCUGGAUUAGCGAAAUGUAAAUGUUUUUCUAUUUGAGGCUCAAAUAUUCAGUUCCCUUGUAAAUUCUUCUUGUGAAUAACCCCCCAAAAAGACUGCACAAUACAUUUAAGGGAAUAUAUAUAUAUAUAUAUCAAGUCUUUUUAAUUAGCAUGCAGGAUUAUUCACUAAACUUCAGAUCAUAGCUAACUAAACUCUAAAUAGCUGGAUGUACGCUAAAACCCAAGCUAUGACAAUAGAGGUCAAGAAUUCCUCCAAAUCUGCUAUGUUUACCUGAAUGUGUCCAUUUGGAUUUAAAUCUGUUUCUUGUUUAUCGAAUAAGCAUUCUAGACUUUUGAAAUGCCAGGAGAUAAAUAUAAAGACUUUCAAUAAACAUGACCGUUGUUGCCUAACUUGCCAUUUUGUAUUUAAUGAACCCCUCUUUAAUAGGUCUGUUGAAUGUGUUGGCUUUGUAUCCAUGUAAUGAUGAGUUAGAUGCAUGUGAUAUUGGGAAACAUAUUUUUCUCUUCUAUAUCCUAUGGCUCCAAAUAUUUCCUGUGAAAUAUGGAAAGUGACAAUUAAAAUCUUUACAGGACAUCCAAAGAAUUAUAUAUACCAGCAUUUAAAUUAUAAGGAGCCACAGAAUAUUUAUCAGAUUUUUGGAUGUGAGAACAAAUAAAAUGUUUUUCUCAUACCUUUACUCGUUUGCCUGCUUUAAAGGUACACUGCAUGACCCAAAUACAAACAAAAUAAAUAAAAAAUAAGUCACUGUUUAGUAUAUUUACCUUAAAUAAAGGCAUGCAUGCAUUUAAUUGUGCAUUCAUUUUUGGGUUAUAUCCUAUAGUCUGUAAGCUCGUUUGAGCAGGGUCCUCUUCAACCUAUCGUUCCUGUAAGUUUUCUUGUAAUUGUCCUAUUUAUAGUUAAAUCCCCCCUCUCAUAAUAUUGUAAAGCGCUACGGAAUCUGUUGGCGCUAUAUAAAUGGCAAUAAUAAUAAUAAUAUUAAAAUAAUGCAGUUUUCUUGGUUGAUGCCUUUGCAAGCCCUCCCCUUCAAAUCCUUUCUUUUGCUAUCCAAUCAAACUUCCCAAUGCAGCUCAAAGAUAAAUAUUUGCAAGGCAGGUGCUCUGAGCAAUUGUCUGUCACUUGAGUUUAGCUCCACUGAGCUAACCAAAUCAGGAAGUAACGGGGCCUGGUUGUCUGAUUGACAAUCAGGGGGGGGGGGGUGUAACAAGGUUAAUUAAUAAUAUUGCCAAUUUCUUUCAAAAGAGGGCACAUUCUUCACACACAAGGCAUUUCAGCAAGCUAAAGUGCUGUAUAUUGCUAUUGCACCCAGAAACUCUAGGCAACAUAAACGCUACAACGAGCUGCAAUUAUGUUGUUGUGUUGCUUUAAAAACAACCUGUCAAUUGUCUGAAAUUACAGCUUCUCAUUCCCACAUUUGUCAUCCCAGUAAAUGCUAAUAAAGUACUUACUGGUGUGAGAAGUGCAGAGGAGAGGUAAGUAAGAGACAAACUUACCUCAGCAGCAGUUUUGUGUCCAGGGCAACAUCAUCACCCUGUAAUACUCCAAGUGUGCUCAAAUGAUGUAUGAGUGCCAUUGCACUCGAUCAGUUUUCCAAAUUGCCAUACAGAUGUCUUUACUCACAUAACACCACUAGGGUUAAAUUAAUUUGCGUGGUAUGCUUUGGCUCAGCCAAGACAGUUGCGCAUGCAGUGCAAAUGAAAAAAUAAAUACCUUUUAUUACAACGCCCCUUUAAAGAGUUAAAAUCCUGAGUAUAAAUCAGAACUAGUUCAUCCUGAGCACGGAAUGAAGCCUUAUAUAUAAUCUAUUCUAGCUUCUCAAAAUUGCAAAUCAGUGCAGUAGGUUUGCGUGUCUUGUUUUGAAUGUCAGUACCAAGUGUGAGUGUGACUGUUUUUAAGUUGAGGUGACAGACAGUGUGUAUGUGUCUAAACAGAUUUUUAAGAGUUUCCUUCUCUCAGCUUCUUGUCUUGCCAAUACUUGUGCUUUUUCCAGGAAGCUGGUAUUGGUAUCCAGUCAAAAUAAAGAAUUUCCUACAAGUGCUCAUUAAUGUUUAGCAUGCAGAAUCUUAACCUCUGGAAAACGGAGAUUUAAACUCUAGAGAAAACUGCAAUUUAGACCUCACUAAAUUGUGUGGGUUUUUUUUAACCAAAAACUUUUCUUUGUACAUUUGUAAAGCACAACUAAUUUUAACCCAUUAAGAGCCAGUGACUUUAAAGUAUGCCGCAAUCUUGUGACCUACAAUUCAAUGUUUCUAUAUUUACAGUUGCAGCCUUAAACAGAACAGCUAUUGGUAAAUUAGUUUGAUAUCCCAUUUUGUUAGAAGGAAAGGCAAAGAUUGUUGCAGCUUUUUAUAGCCACUAGUGGGUGAUGUAGAUGACAUGGGGCUGAAGUUCUUGCGAUUUGCACAUCCUGAAUAUUCAGAUUGUUUUGCACAGUGAUGAAAGGGACACUACAGCUUGCUGUAGCGGGUAUGAUGCGCACAUUGUCCCUUUAAUCAUAAUUGUGUGAUUAAAGGACCACUCUAGGCACCCAGACCACUUCAGCUUAAUGAAGAGGUCUGGGUGCCAGGUCCAGCUAGGGUUAACCCAUUUUUUUAUAAACAUAGCAGUUUCAGAGAAACUGCUAUGUUUAUGAAUGGGUUAAGCCUUCCCCUAUUUCCUCUAGUGGCUGUCUCAUUGACAGCCACUAGAGGCGCUAGCGUGCUUCUCACUGUGGUUUUCACAGUGAGAGCACGCCAGCGUCCAUAGGAAAGCAUUAUGAAUGCUUUCCUAUGUGACCGGCUGAAUGCGUGCGCAGCUCUUGCCGCGCAUGCGCAUUCAGCCGACGGGGAGGAGAAGAGGAGGAUCGGAGGAGGAGAGCUCCCCGCCCAGCGCUGGAAAAAGGUAAGUUUUACCCCUACCCCCUUUCCAGAGCCGGGCGGGAGGGGGUCCCUGAGGGUGGUCCUUUAAGUGUUAAUGUGUUAAUUAGAGAUAUCCUAUAAGGUACUGGUAGGUUAACAGUCUCUGUGGGUGCAUUUGACACCCUCAAUUUAGGCAGAUUCCCAUGAUAGCAUAACCGAGAAGGUGCAACAGUUUAACCGUUUAUGCUGUUUUUAAGAUAAAAAAAAAAAAACAACUGUGAGAUGCAACAUGGUCAUUGAGGGUAUGUUUAGAGGGACUCCCUAGGAACCAUAACAACUUAAUCACAACUUCUUCAAGCCUAAGACAGGAGCAAAGACACAGACUGAGGAAUAAUAACGCAAACUUCUUGUUGUCUUAUGAGAAAAGAUAGUGAUACACGUGUGUAAUAAUAUUUGCUAUUUACUAAGCCCAUACAUUUUCCAAAUAACUAUAAAGAGAAGAGAGUAAAAAGUCAACAUACUGUACACUAUAGCAUGGCAUAUAUUGCAAUAAGGUCCCAACUUGAGAGCCUAUGGCAGUGAUAUCAGGUUUUUCAAUCCAGGUUUUUGUGAAGUUUCUCAGUAUGCUUAGCCAGUCCAACUAUGAACCGAGCAUUGUGGGAAAUGUUCUUCAGAAAUAUCUGAGGUAACAAGAUAGGCUAUCCCUACCUGUAUUAUCAAAAAGGGUAUAAGCUGGCACAGCAUCCAUGGGACUUAUUAAAAAAACAGCUGGAUAACUACUUUUGCGGGCGCUAGCCCUAGUGUUCAUGGAAAGCCGAAAGGAGGAAGAGCUUCCGUUACCUCUCCUCAUCUAAUCCCUGGCAUGGGGGGCCAGCUUGUUGGCUGAUCACUAAACCAAUAAGCUAAGCCCUGCACCACUGGGCCUACCACAUUGUAGAGAGCUUCUUGCUAGAGGAGGCUUGUACAGUUGCCCGUCAGAUCACAGGUUUGCAAAUAGUUUGACAUUUUACAUUGGGUGAGGGGGGUCCAGGGCACACAUAACCCCAUAACCAUUACAGCGCACCAAAGCGGCUAUGGUGCUUUUAGUUUUCCUUUUAAUAUACAUUUUAAAUGAAGACAGAGCAUGCCAUGAAAAACUAGCCUAGCACACGUUACACAGUGUUUUAUUCACUGAUAUUUCCAGAGGAAGCAAAAUACUUUAAACUUUGUGAAGAGUGUCUCUGUUCAGGCUAUACUCUUUAUUAGACAUAGAACUCAAGAAGGGGAGUAACAGCAACUGGUAGGUGAAUUCCCUAUUAAAGGUAUUUGUUGGCUGGGAUGUAUAUAUUAGGAAUUCGUCCUCUCACAGUUAGCCUAUUAGCCAUCUCGCCACAGAACUCUAUAGCUAAGCUAGGGCACCUUUAGUCUGCUGUUAAAUUAUUUCUAUAACUAGAACUUUGCAGGAAGUUUUCUGUCAGGGUAAAAGGUGGCUUUCUUUUGCUUCCGUUUCUCAGCUGUUGUAAAUAUAUACUUUUUUCCAUUGCAAAUUCACUGUGGGGUUCUACAUUCUGACCUUUUCACUUCCUUAAAUAGGAUGGCCAAAUAUAUCACUAGUAGAAUCGUAGUGACACACAAUUUGGUUGUACUGUCAUUAUUUCAUGAAGAACACUAGGACGAAUAUUUUUCGAUGCUUUACAGCAAAAAUCUAAUUUACUUAAAAAAAUAUUUUACUUGUGAAUGUAACACGCCAUAUCCUCAGGAUGAUAUAAUGGUGAAUAUUCCCAACUAUGUUAUAGUGCUGUUUGCAGUUGUACAUGGGGUACAUCAUUGUACCCUGUGAAAUUCAUCCCUCCCAAUAUAGAGUGCGUUCUUCAUUCUGUCCAUCAGUACCUCUGCAAUGUUUUAAAUUAAUUUUGAAUUCCAGGAGACUUAUUUAUUUAUUGCUAGCAUUUAUAAAGCGCCAACAUAUUCCGCAGCACUGUACAAUUACUUGUCCUAUUUAUUCUUGUAUGGUUAUAAAGCAAUUGUCCUACACUUUUUGCACGUUGGAUGAAUAGAAUUGCAAUUAUGGAAGUUAAUGGUUGCUGUAUUUUUAAGUAGGGUUGUAGUAGUAUCCUGUGAAAUGGUCCGCUGAUUUGUCGUAGUAAGCUGUGACCGUAUCUGAUGUUAAUAUCCAAAAAGUAUUAUGUUUAUAGUUUGCCCUUUUCAAAAUUAAAUCAGGAAUCAGUUUUUCUAUUAAGAGUACAAAGUACAGUGAGGUGUGUUUUUUAUUUUAAUUUUAUUUUUUUUAAUUUUGUACACACAUAUGGAAGAUUUAUAUAAUAUGCUAUCUAAAACAGAUCAUCGUCUUUUUCUGAUUUCCUCUCCGUGUUCUGACAGGUUUGCAAGCUAUUGGCACAGAAUCAAUGCUAGAAUAAGCCAUUAUAAAAAAGCAGAAGGUGUGGAGUAAAUUGCAAGUGGUUUCAUUGUGUUCAUCAAAUCCUUUAAAGUGUAGGAAAUGUUAAUCAUUGAUCUGGGGGAACAGUAGAACUCAGACACAAUGACCAUUAAAACGUCAGCCUGUUAAAUAAAGUGCUUCAAGCCGAUUGGAGCCUAAAAGCCAUUAACUUACUGUGUGGCAUUGCCUUGUCAUCAAAGGGUUUUGGUUUUGUAAAGUUAACCAUUAAGUUGUGAAAGAUAAUAUAGGCUGAUAACAUACAUCUACAAGCAGAUAAACAGACUUUCAAGCUUGAGGAAGUGUAAAACAUUCAGGAUCGCCUUAUAAGCAGAUACAUGUUUAAGUAGAGAUUCAUUGUCUGCCAGAUUGGUGUCUAUUUUCUAUCAAACCUGUGUCAUAUCUGCAUUAUCUUUAACCCUGUAUCAUCGCUCAACUUUGAAUUCUAUGUGUCCUCUUUGCUCAGAAAUGCUUUAGACUUGAGAAAGGGAGGUUCUCCCGAAAGCUUGCCAUUGCAAAUUGUAUUAUUUUACAUUUGGCAUGUUAAUAAAUAAUUUAAAUAUUUAUUUUAAUUGCAGUCUAAUGGAUACUAAAAUCGAGCCAAUGUCAUUGGGCCAGAUGGGCAGAUGUUUGGCCACAGUGCUUAGAUUUACCAUUUAAGGUUUUUUAUUUAAGGAGGAAUUUUUCACCUUGAGCAAUGUAUUGGUGAAGUGUGAUAGAGUAGGAUUGUACCAAUGGAUUUGCUCAGGUUCCCACCGCAAUCUUUGUGUAUCACUAACAAAGUUCUUCUCUUGUACAGUUGCACUAGCUGGUAUUCCACCCAAAUAUACAGAAACAUAAUGUGAUGGGACUUGCACCAGCGCCACUUGUUUGGAACAUUGGGCAAUGAAUAGCCUGUCUGUUAUAGACAUAGUCUUCUAUUUACAUUAGGGCAUAUGAUGCUGUGCGCACUGAUCCUGCUUCAAAUUGCCCCAUACCAGCAAAUAAGUUUGAAUUCCCAUAACCACGCAAAAUAGCGGCAGUUGGGGGGGCGUGGCCGGACGCUGAAUGAAGCUGGCAGCACACUGAAAGAGCUCCGCAGCUAAGGGCUCCUAAACGCGGCUAAAACCCACUAUUACUGGCUCGCACCCGACUCCCCGACCCGGGUCACGAUGUCCCAACACCGCGCAAAGAAAUGUGUGGACACGAAGGACAAGGCAGCCUUCUUUGCAGCCCGAACUCCACACCUCAAGCAGGCUGAAAUAUAGGCCCAAGAUGGCGCCGAGGCUGAACUCCACGCGGACUUUGCCGACACACACGAGGCAAGCGCGGACACCCCGCUGACCCCGAAUUUACUACAAAAGAUGUUAGACGCAGCGGUCCUGAAAAUGCAAGCAUCAUUCACAUCGGCCUGGCUAAAAUUAAUAACGAGAUCACCGACCUGGACGCACGAGCCUCCCAACUAGAGGAAAAAAUGGAAGUAAAUGCCACAGCCCAUGCAGCUAUCGAAGACAGACUAGAGGAUAUCGAAAGGAAACUGUCUCUGCAUGAAACCAAAAUCACAGAUGCAGAAGACAGGUCUCGCCGCAACAAUAUCAGGCUCAGAGGGGUCCCAGAAGAUGUGGAAGCCCAGGACCUAACGGCCUUCACCAUGGAGCUGUUCCGCGCGGUCCUGCCAGACAUACCCGCAGACAUGCUCUUACUAGACCGCAUCCACAGAAUCCCGAGACCGCAACACUUACCACCAACCGUGCCACGAGACGUGCUCAUGCGGCUCCACUAUUACCACACAAAAGACCAAAUCCUCCGUGCACAUAGAACUAGGAAAGACCUGCCUGAUAAAUUUAAACCUAUCCUCCUCUUUACGGACCUGUCGGCGGAGACACUCCGGCGGAGAAGAUCCUUCAAACCAGUAGCAGAGGCUCUAAGACACCACCGCAUUCCCUACAGAUGGGGCUACCCAGCGAAACUCCUCAUCACCAAAGGAGGGAAGCAACUCAUAGCCGCCUCACCGAAAGAAGGCCUGGAGCUGCUGCACAAAUGGGACAUAGCCCCAAAUCUACAAACACCAGGCCCGCGCAAGACACAGAAUAUCGACGGCCGCCCUCAGCGACAACGGCGAACUACCUUCAGGGACGAUGACCACUAGCCAUACCUGGAAUAGCAAGUGUUUUCUACUUUCUUUAAAACCUAAAACAUGUUUAGCUAUAGAUUGAUGUUAAAAAUAAUUGCUGACUAGAAUAACUACAUCCCAAAAGGGUUGACAAAUUGCAGGCGACCUCUAAUUACUGUAAAACAUAUACAAAAAAAAAAAAAAAAGUUUUUCCUUAUAUAUUGCAGGAACAGAGUAAGAUACAAACUAAGCGACAAGACUAAUGAUCCACAGGAUCAGCCACACUUAACCUCCCCGUGGCAUUUGACUUAAGACGACCCCUAGAGACCACGUAUAUAGCCCAUAAUGUAUGGGCUUUCGUGCACCGAUUAAAGGCUUUAGAGGCCUGCUGACGCCCCAAUGCUAAUCUCCCUAACGCCUACUCCCUCUCUAUUUCCUUAGAGAGCCCUCCCGAGUAUAUGAUUGUAUUAGACUACAUGCGAUUCAGCUUGCUGGACCACCAUGUAAGAUUAAGUAGUGUCAAUCUCUCAUAGCCCACCUUUGCCAGAAUGGAGGAAGCGAUGUAACAACUGCAACCUGUAUAUAUGUUUGAUUAUGUUUUACUGUUUCCAUGCACCUGUCCGACGCACCCAGAGCGCGCCUAGACACACUCAAAAAGGCCGCAACUACUCCCACAGCAACCCUAAUGGCGGGGACAAAACCACCAAAAUGUUAGCAAAGUACCGCCCCCCACCCUGACAGAUAGACCACCAUGCCGAUACGACAUGCAGAUUAGAGGGCCCUAUGAGCAAAACCCCCCCGGGUUGCCCACUACGACUCAAGCCAUAUGCGCCACCCUAUAUGUCUGUACCGGGGCGUUCACCCAACAACCCCCCCCUGCAGCGGCAACCUAAGACAGGGCGAGAACCAAGCGCACCCAUACACUUGCUAAACUAACAUAUUUACGGGUGGGGCCUGCACAAGAUAGGCCCUAGUUAGCUGUCAGCUGGAUUCGACCCGACUACACUACCCCCGCUUGAGAAGUGCCAUACCGGCACAUACCCCCGAAAGUACCCUCUGUACAUUCAAUUUUUUUUCUUUUUGUAAAGUUCACUGUUUAACUAUACACCCCCAGGUAUUAAUACCCUACCCCUACUGUUAGCCCCCACCCCUGGUACCGACAUCCAACCCAACCUAGACCUCACAAAUUAUACGAAAGGGUCUUCCUGAGAUACAAACAAAGCACCGACCCCCAACUCAGAACCUACAUCUCUGCACCAACCCAAGUGACCUACCACUGAUUACGACAAUGAAAAUAUAUACCCAUAAUGUGAGAGGCCUAAACGCGCCCCAUAAGAGAUACAAUCUCCUCAAAGAGAUCCGAACUUCACAAGCAGACAUCAUAUGCCUGCAAGAAACCCACUUCAAACAUGGCUCUAAACCCAUCCUUGGGCUUAAACAUUUUCCCUACCAAUACCAUGCCACGUCCCCAUCUAAAAGCAGGGGAGUGUCGAUCAUGGUGAGCCACACCUUGGCCUUUGACCUAGUAACAAUCCAGAUAGAUCCGCAAGGAAGGUAUAUCAUUCUCAUCUGCACGCUAAACAACAACACAUACACAAUAGUUAACUCCUACUUCCCAAACGAGAACCAACCCCAAUAUAUGACCACGCUACUAGAUAAGAUCGAGAAAGUACAGAUGGGCACCCUAGUCCUCUGUGGGGACUUUAACCAUAUCCUCGACCCUGUUGCAGACUCCACAGCCACACACACACACAAGAGGAAAAAGGCCCUACGCAAACACUGCAUCUCCCUGCACAAAACACUAGCAUCAUAUGGGCUUUACGACGCUUGGAGAACCCUCCACCCAAUGGAUAGGGAAUACACCCAUCACUCACAGGUGCACAACACUUAUUCCCGCAUAGACGGCUACCUAAUGCACAGCUCACAACUACAACAGAUCAAAUCCUGUGAGAUAGACGCCUCUACAAUCUCAGACCACAACCCAGUGUCUCUCACCCUAGCCGAUUCCUACCAAUACCAACAUCGCAGCCCCUGGAGGCUGAACGAACACUUGCUAAGUGACUCAGACUUUACCAACAAAAUACGAGAAGAAAUACAACAAUACUUUCAAACCAAUGGCAACGACGAGAUCAACCCCGCCACACUGUGGCUCGCGCACAAGCCGGUCAUCAGAGGGCUAUUACUCAGCCGAGCGUCCUACCUCAAGAAAACAACACAUACUGCAUUGCUGAACCUUCUCAAACGGAUCCAAGACCUCCAUAGAGAAAACCAACUGCACCCCUCCAAGACCCUCCAACAGAAAUUGCAAACAGCGCAAGACGAAGUUAAAGCAAUUCUUCUCAAGAAAGCCAACAUAGCAUUAAAAAAACUCAAAGCAACUUCCUACUCAAUGGGAAACAAAGCAACGAAAGUAUUGGCACAGAGACUCCGGAUGAAGCAGGCACAAGCCCGCAUCCCAUUCAUAAACUCACACACCGGGACUAAGAUAAUACAACCCGCACAAAUCUGCAAUGAGUUCGCACAUUAUUACACCACCUUAUACAACCUGAAAGAUCAGCACUCCCUGGCCCAACCUACAUCCACAUCAAUUCGCAACUACCUGGCACAGAUUGCCCUCCCCAAACUCCUUGAACAGCACGCAGCACAACUAUCAGCACCAAUCACCACAGACGAAGUGCUCACCCUGAUAGACAAAAUGCCGAAAAAUAAAGCCCCAGGACCGGACGGCUACACUAACGCUUAUUACAUGGCCUUCAAGGCAGAAAUUGCCCCAGACCUCACACGCUUCUUCAAUGAAGCCACCCGACUGGGUACCUUCCCCACCGAGUUCUUAGCGGCACAUGUUAUCACUAUCCCCAAACCGGGGAAACCCGCGACCACAUGCCAAAACUUCAGGCCAAUCUCUCUCCUGAAUGCAGACGCAAAGCUAUAUGCCAAAAUCUACGCAGAACGACUCAAGUCCAUACUACCAACACUAAUUCAUACAGACCAGGUGGGAUUUGUAGCAGGAAGGCAAGGGUCGGAUAACACCAGGAAAGUACUAGACAUAUACAACAUAUUGAAAAACACCAAACAAACGAGCGUCAUGCUAUCCCUAGAUGCCGAGAAGGCGUUCGAUCGCCUGAACUGGCAAUUCCUCCAGGAAACCCUACAAGCCUAUGGAUUCCCAGCACCCUUCCUCUCAGCAGUCAGUGCCCUAUACAGCGAUCCCAGAGCGACGGUACUCACCUCAGGAUUUAGUUCACAGGCCUUCCCCAUUACCAACGGAACCAGACAAGGUUGCCCACUGUCCCCUCUCCUUUAUGUGUUAGCCUUAGAACCCCUGGCAAUAGCAAUUCGAUCUAACGAUUCCAUCCGAGGGGUACUAGUGGGCCAAACAGAAUAUAAACUAAGCCUAUUUGCCGAUGACAUUCUUCUCACACUCACACAACCACUCAUAACACUCCCCUCCCUACACAAAGAAAUACAUGCAUACAGUCAACAAUCUUAUUACAAGCUCAACGUGGCUAAGACACAGGCAAUGUGCCUCAACACACCAAAACACAUAGAAACACUCCUGAGAUCCGGCCAUUGCUUUGAUUGGAGAGAAGACUACUUGGUGUACCUAGGGAUCAAGAUAACUCACAGAGAAAAAGAACUAUUCCCUACCAACUACGUAAAGCUGCACAAAGAUAUAGACACCCAGCUGCAAACGUGGAGGGGCCUGUACCUAUCGUGGGUCGGAAGAAUAGCAGCACUAAAAAUGACAAUUCUACCUAAAAUUCUCUACCUCUUCCGGACACUACAAAUCAAGAUCCCACAAAGCUACCUCACAAAAUUACAGGCUACCCUCCUCAGAUUCAGCUGGGACGGCAAACACCCUCGAGUCCCCAAAUCACUUCUGUUGAGAAAUACGAAACAUGGAGGCAUGGGCCUCCCUAAUCUCAAAGCGUAUUAUCACUCAGCCAUCCUUGCGAAUGUAGUUAGUGUUCACUCGGCCAAGUACAUCCCCCAAUGGGUAGAGGUAGAGAAUAUGCACAGUAAGAACCAGAACCUGCCUACAAUGCUCUGGAUACCCCGGCACCUGCGACAGCAACCUACAACCAUGCUGAACACCACCAAACACCUCCUCACAAUAUGGGACACCUACAGGGACCAACUGUGCUCCGCACACCCGUGGGCCCUGGCAACUCCAAUUCGGACCCUGUACCAAUGCAAUGGCCUAUUUCCACAUCAUAAAUGGGCAGAAAAAGGAAUUACACAUGUCUACCAACUGUGCACCAAGGCAGGUCUUAAACCGUUCCCAGACCUGCAGAAAGAAUUUGCCCUCCCUCCAAGCUACACAUUUGCCUAUCUACAAAUCAAAGCGCUAAUAACCCACAACGUAAUCAAAGGCAUGGAACACUCACUGAGAUCGUCCAUAACGAAAUUUGAAGCACAAUGCCUCUCCCUAGACCCUCCAAAGAAAACAGUUUCCAUCUGUUACGACCACCUUGCCAACCCUAAAAACAGCGACACAUGGAAGUUUAUGCAGGAUUGGCAGACAGACCUCCAGGUGACAAUACCCCCAAACGAAUGGGAAAAGAUUUUCACUUCUCAUAUAGGGCUCACAACAAGUACAGCACACCUGGAAGCAUCCAGGAAAAUCCUAUACCGAUGGUAUAUGGUACCGACCCGUCUGCACACCAUAUUUCCCAACACUUCAGACCUAUGCUGGCGUUGCCAUGCAACUAAAGGAACUAUGAUGCAUAUGUGGUGGACAUGCGAUAGUGUGCAAGAUCUUUGGAAAGCUACAGUCCGACUUGUGAGAAGUGUCACGAAUCUCCACUUAGCUCUCGACCCUAAAACAAUCCUGCUCCGAUUGCUCCCAGACGACUUUCCAAAACCGAUCAAGAAAUUGAUAUACAUCAUACUGGGCACGGUGUCCAUACUAAUAGCCAGGAAAUGGAAAACAACGGACUUGCCCUCCAUCCGAGAAGUUGUAACAGAAGUAACACAAGCAAUGGAGUACGAACUCAUCAUGUGGAAGCAGGCAAAAAUCGGGAAGCUGAGCCCCUACACCGCCACAAUAUGGCGAAACUACACACAACAGCUCACACAACACCAACACAGUCAUUAACGAGCCCGCAAAGAGGCCACAGUACUGGCUACCGAAACGACACCACCCUUUAAACCAAUACCGACCACCCUACACACUUACCAACCCACCCUGUGACAUGGAGGUCACGAUCCUAGGACCCACCAACAGCCGCAAACCGGUACCACGCUGCUACUCCCCUCCACCUGUUACUCGCCCCCAAUUCACGGGGACCCCCCACUCUCACCUUACACCCUCGACACACCGCAGGCACCCUGCCCACAACGACACCCUUCCCCCCCUGGAGACAAGGGACCUCGAACAACAACGAAAUAAACCAUACUCGCAAAACUUAGUAUAACGACAAUUCACGCACUAAAUGAGCGAACUCCCCAUCCGACAGAGACCCCCCCCAUGAGCAUCAUCUACUGUAACACCAUGACAUCAGGGUAAUACUAAGUAAGGAAGGCCAAUGUGUCAGGGAGCUACCCCCUUCCUCCUAUUUGUUCCCCCCCCUUAAUUACAAAUGUAUAUCGAAAAAUGUAUAGCAAUUGUACGACCCCACUAUGUACAUUUGAAGAUUCCCCUUCUUUUCUGUACCCCAUUUCCUUGUCUUUAUGAAAAUAAAAUUUCAAAUUGAAAAAAAAAAAAAUAGCGGCAGUUGUUCAAUAAUGUGGAAGUGAUAGUUGCCUAGAUUGAAGACUCAGAUGGACUCAAAGGGGGGUACCGGUGCAGAGCUAUUAGUAAGGCGGUUAGAAAGUUGGUGAUAAUGAAUUGGGUAAGGUCAAAAUGUCCUCUCCCAGGAGUACAAAAAUAGGCUGCAGUAUCUUGUUGCAGGUCAGGUGGUCAGAGGGGGUAGGCAUGUCUUGGGAGCACCCUCAUUUGGGUUCACCCUGUGGAAUUCUAUAUAAAAGUACCUUUUUAAGAUCUAAUGUCAACAUGCCUAGAGUGGUCCUUUAACUUAUAAAAAAUAAACCGUUCUAAUUUUUUAUUAUUACUUAAAAUUUAAAGUGAAAAGAUAAAUGUAUUAUAACAAAUCUGCAUAUAGUUUGUAAAUGAGUACAAAUAAUUGAAUACAAUUUUUAGCACAUUUUCUGCUUGACCCUUGCUCCAUGGGGGCAGCCAUCUUAAAGUUCUCUUUGGUCAGAAGCACCGCUUUUCCUACUAAAGACCAGGUUGGUAACCGAUAGCUAGUGAUUGUUAACAAAAUCGUGUGGAAGCCCUGGGCAUCUACAAAAUGCACUCUGAUAUGAUUUCAGUUGGUCAUUGCACAUGACCUACAAUAGGAUAAGUGGUUUUCCCAAGCAAAAUGGUCCUAAAGAUGACCACUUCUUGGAACAGGGCAAGUUAGGAUAUCCACUGAAAUGUGUAUGUAUGUAUAUAUGUACACAUUACUAAUUAUUUAAUAUUUUAUUUUAAUUAAUAAUAAUAAUAAUAAUAAUUAUAAUAAUAAUAAUGAUGUUUUCCUUUAGAAAAGAUCUCUACAUUUCUCUCUUUUGCAAAAUAUAGUCAGACUCCAGCGAUGUCCCAUUAAUUCUGAAAUAGUCAGGGUUUCUAAUGCUGGAACUAUUGUCCGUGUCUAUGAAAGAGAUGUGGUUUUUUGCUGCAUAGGUGUUUAAAGUAAAUAAGUACCUUUUUAAAAUGCUCACAUACUUUCAUUCGAAAAUCUGUCCGAUUUCAUUCAGUUUUCUCUUACCCAGUGAGAAAGCGUAAGCAGAUCUAUCCUGCAUCGAAUUAAAUAAGUGAGCUUUACACAUGUUUUAAUAAGAAACGUUAAAAGCUUUACAUCUUCCUGUAAGGGUCUCACCAUUUACUUUGGAGAAUGGGAAAACAGAGGCUGGAAAUCAGGUACAAGUGGAUUUUGUAGUACUUCCAAAAACCAUGCAUCUGGCAUGAGCUUCGUGUUUUAAUACACCUUUCCUUUGAAGGAAAGAACAAGAAAGAGGCAUUUCUCUGGCUUGGGAAAGAAACCCUCACGGGAAAAGGGAUAUGUUGUAUAAAAGAGGACUACACCAAAAUACAGAAAGUCUGAUGUAGAUACCGUGAGGCAAGUGCACAUUACCAGCACAAAUACACAAAAUAUUUGCUGAUGUACAUAGACAACCCCAAAAAUAUAUAAAGAACGAUAGCCAUCAGAGACCCCCUCUUAGGCCUACAGAAUUCCUUAUUUUGCAGGCUGUGAGUGAACAUUUUCAUAAAUAUAGUGAUUUUUUUAAAUGAUUAUUUAUGAUUCUACAUGCGUGUGAACACCAUAUAUGCAGCGCCCUUUCAGUAUUCCAUUUCCUGAUGAAAUUGGAGCUAAAUUCUGCAUGUUGUACAGUUAGAAUUUUACUUAUUUUUUAAACAAAAUCUAACGUUCAGCGUACAUGCUAAGCUGAAUAGCUUACUUUACUGCAACAGUUGAUAUGCAUGGAUGCUGUUUAAAGUGUUUCUUUAAAAUCUAAAUUUUGCAAAUGAAGAGGAGAAAUAUAAAAAUUGUUUAAUUUCUCUUUUUUUUCUGUAUACUUUCUGUAUGCUAACUGUUAGAUGCUAAGAACUGAGCAUAUAACCAUAAAUGAGUGGGAGCUAAGAUGGAGGAGCUCAGUUUCAGGAUAAAUAGGUAUGGCUUUUAUUUUUCACACCUCACAAAAACAUAUAAAUAUAUGGAUAAACAAACAUAAUAGUUAAAUACGCAAAAACAAGUCCUGCGCUCAAACUCCCAAUACUCUUGGGCGGCAGCAACGACCAUAGUACACAUCAGCCCCAAUACAUACAGUAAGGGGAAAAAAAGUUACCUGGCUCUUUCCACAUCCCUAUGCAUAUUUAAACAAAUGGAGGUUAUUUAGUUACUCCAAUGGCCAUAAGAGGCAAUGUCCACCUGCCACGUCAAGGCAAACCUCUUGGGUGGGUCCUACACUGACUAUUCUCCUUGCCUCUUUGAGCUUCUGGCAAAGAUAUCUCUAAUGAGACAGAGAGGGUAUUUUUUAUUAACCCCUACAUGCUUAUUACCCCUUAAUAGUGAACACAUGGGAAUCUUGGGGAGUGGCCAUUCCCCUUUAAGUACGAUACACACUGCAACCCCUCCGCCUUACCCGCCCCAAAUGUAUCCUUUCACUAUUCAGUUUUUUUGAAUGGCAACUCCACAGGAACAGAAAUAUGUCUCUAAAAAAAAUAUAACAAUGUUGUUUAUGUUUGUUAAGGAACGGGUAAAAUUACUUAUGUUUCAUACAAUAUAAUUAAUUCAGCUUUAAGAAUUAUGAAACAAAUAAGAAAACCAGUGGAAAUAGUAUUCUUUUAGCUGGAUUCUCUUGCAAUUUGAUUUACGAGGAAAGCUUUGUGCUAGAUGAACAAAGAUGAAUGCAAGGAAAAGGAAACAGCUGCAUAUCUUCAGGUGUCAUUACAGGAGGUUUGUGGAUAUCAGCAUUGCCACUUGUCAUGUUUGUCUUUAGCUUGCUUGUUACCAAAGGGCUCCUGGGAAAACGUCUUAAAGCGAUGGUAGCAAUCCCAACUCAAUAUUGCAGUUACUACUGCUUAUCUUUUAUGAUUUACACUUUUUAAAGGGGUACACAUAUUAACUACCUAUUUUUCUUCAACACCAGAUUCCUCGGAUACCAAGUUUGCUGUUUUUCUAAACUAUGUUAACAUGACUGUUGCCUGAUAUACUAUUACAAAACCCGUAGGGUCCGUAAUAGAAUUUUACGUGAACUCCACCCUUUAUCUAAAAGGGUUUGUUCUGUAACAGUGUAUUGCUAAUCAAAAUUGCAAUAUUUAGGCCAAACACAGAUGGGCAAGAUUAUGAGAAUUUAGCGUUCUUGGAUGUGGAGUUUAUUUUAUUUUUUUUAUUUCUGCUAUUCUGACCAAAAUUCUGAUACUCCGUUGCCGGCACACUUAAAUUACAGUUUGGUAAAUAAGUCCCAAGCAUCGUAAAGUGUAUGUAAGUAGAAUACAAAAUAAAAUGGAGCUACAUAUUAAUGAUUUCUCAUUGGCGUAGUUGGUGUGCUUUUUAAUUUGACUUCAUCAUUUUAUUUAGUCAUACUAUUUCAUGUAGUGAAAAUUAGAACUUUUUAACCCUUUUUACUACAUUAUAUCUUUUAAUGUGACACAAUGAUUGAGCCUUGAAGGUAACAUUAGUAAGUAGUUUAUAGGUACACUAUAGUCAUCAGAACUCCUACAGCUUAAAGGUACACUAUAGGCCCCAACACAACUUUAGCUUAAUAAAGCAAUUUUUGGUGUAUAGAUCAUGCCCCUGCAGUUUCCCUGUUAAAUUUGAUGCCAUUUUUAAAUUUAAUCACUUUGUUUAUACAUCCCUUGUCUCACCUUCUGCAUGUGACUUACACAACCUUCCUAAACACUUGUUUAAACUUCCUUUAUUGAGCAUUCUGUUUAAUUUAGAAUCUUGUAUCUCCUGCUCUGUUAAUAACGUUAUAGACCCUGCAGGAGCUUCUGGUAUGAGAUAAAAACUUCUAUCGCAAGUGAACAUCUGAUUGAAAUUAAAUUUUUUUCCAUAUAGUCUGUGUUAGUCACAACCAAGGGAGGUGUGGCAGAAGUGCAUGGACAGAAACAAUAGUGAUUUAACUCCUAAAUGGCAGAGAUUAAGCAUUGAAACUGCAUGGGCAUGAUCUAUACACCAAAACCGCUUUGUUAAGCUAAAGUUUUGGUGCAUGUAACCUGUCCUUGCAUGGUCAGACAAUGUUCACACUGAUUCCUAAGUCCACCUCUAUGGCCACUUGGAUGGCAAACUAAAGGGAUUUUCUGGGUUGAGUCCUGCAUGGUUGCUGUGCAUGGGAGAUACCUUAUGGUCCCCAUAAAAAUGCAUUCAAUAAAUGCAUCUAUAUGAAGGUGCUGAUUGGAGCAGUAUAGGGUGUGAGUGCUACAAGUUAAGUAAAACAGCUUUUUUAUAAUUACACAGGGUUUAAUUAUGAUGGGGAGUGAGGAGUAACCCUUAAAUGACCAACAAGAGGAGCAGUUUUAGAUAAAAACUGUUUGCUCAGUGGCUGAAAUGCAUAAUUAAGAUGUAGGUCAAUUGAAGUGUAUAUGAUUUGAGCAAGGCCAGAUUAAGAGCCCUGUGGGCCUGGUGCUGACAAUUAUGAUGGGCCUAAUUACAGAAGCUUAUCGACCAAAAACACUAAAACAGUCAUGCCUCCCAAGCGUCAUGUAUCUGAUGGAGAUGGUGUUGGAGGGAAACUCAAAGGAUGCAACUAUACGAAAACACAUACUCUUUGCUAAGCUCUCUCUAAUUUAUGCUUUCAUUUGUGUCCAGUGAAGCAGGCAGUCAAUGGGCAGGGUAAAAGUGUGUGCCACGGGCGUGAAUCUGGUGACCAGACCUGCCAAAAGGGGUGAACAUGCCCAAAAAGGGGGCAGUCUGUCUAAUGAAUUGGAAGGCCAUCCUGGCAUGAAUGCAUGUCAGGCUACCUGACAAUCAUGCAGGCUGUCCAACUAAGGGCAUACUAUGCAGGCAUCACAUAAAUGCAUAAAAUUAUGCGCCUACUCCAAGCUUUCUAAGGACUGUCCCCUAGCACUCACAUGUCCACUUGUCUCCUUACCUCCUUACUAGCAGGCAGAAGUUCCUGGUAUAUAGUCUGGGACAGAGAAAAGGUGUAGGUAGUGAGUGUAGAAGAAAGGGGACAUGCCACAGUGUUAGAGAGACCAAAGUCUGCAUUACCUUAACUAAUUUUAUUGUCAGCCAGUCCACACAAGUUUUUUCCUAUACAUCCCUCUUAAGCUUCCACACUUAAAGGGACAUUAUAGUCACCAGAACAACUACAGCUUAUUGUUUUUGUUCUGGUAAGUAGAAUCAUUACCUUCAGGCUUUUUGCAGUAAACACUGUCUUUUCAGAGAAAAUAACUCCACUGGCUACUCCUUAGAUGGCGGCUAGAGGUGCUUCCUGGGGCAGUACUGCCAUUCAGUUUCUCCACCCUCUGCAUGCAGACACUGAACUUUGAUUCAAUUUAUCUUUAUGAGGAAAUGCUGAUUGGCCAGGGCUAUGUUUGACUUUUGUUGGCUCUGGCCCUGAUCUGCCUAAUUGACAGUCUCAGCCAAUCCUAUGGGGAAGCAUUGUAAUUUGCUCAGACCACCACUUCUGAUGAUGUCAGCAGACAGAGUCAGUUCAGAGGCAGAGCCAGCAGCUGCAGACUUGAAUACAAGUAAGAUUUUACUAUAUUAAGGGAGCCAAGAGGGGCCAGGGGGGCUAGAGGGUGGUUUUAACAUAAUAGGGUCAGAAAUACAUGAUUGUGUUCCUGACCCUAUAGUGUUCCUUUAAGCGAGAGUAUGUGAAGAGUAGUUAGGGGUAAGGUUGCCACCUUUCUUGGAAAAAAAUACCAGCCUUAAUCAUUUGUAUAAUUAAUUAGUUAUGCAUGACAUCACAUGAUGUAAAUCACAAGGACUGACAUAAGAGAAAAUUCUGUAAAAUCACCAACAAACUACUCAGUUUGAUUAUGCUGUAUGGAUGGAUUCCUACCAGUGUCUCCCUACCUCAGUCUCCCAAGUCACCCAGUGUCUCAGUGUCCCUAUGUAUCAGUGUCAGUGUCCCGAUGUCGCCCAGUACCCUAGUCUCCCAGUGUCUGUGUCCGAAUUUCUCCCAGUGUCCCCAUGUCUCAGUGUGUCCCCAUGUCACUAGGAUACUAGGGGACACAGUGAGACAUGGGGACACUAAGAGACCCGGAGACACUGAGACCCUUGGGGAUACUGGGAGACAUGGGGGCACUGGGAGACAAGGGGGCACUUGUGGAUACAGACAUAGGGACAGUGGGAGACAUGGAGACACUGAGACAUUUGGGGACACUGGGAGAAAUGAGGACACUGAGACACUAGGGACACUGAGAGACAUCAAAACAUUGACACUGGGAGACUAGGGGACACUGGGAGACUAGGGGACACUGGGAGACUAGGGGACACUGGGAGACAUGGGGACACUGGGAGACUAGGGACAGUGGCUGGGAGACAGACACUUGGAGACACUGGGAGACAUGGGGACACUUGUGGACAUAGACAUGGAGACACUGGGAGACAUGGGAACACUGAGACAUUUGGGGACACUGGGAGAUAUGGGGACACUAGGCACACUGAGAGACAUGGGGACACAGACACUGGCAGACUUGGGGACACUGGGAGACAUGGGGACACUAGGGACACUGGUUGGGGGACAUGGGGACACUGGGAGACAUGGGGACACUGUGUCCCUAGUGUCUCUGUGUCCCAAUAUCUCAGUGUCUUCCAAUGUCCCUAUGUCUCACAGCAUCCCCAUGUGUCUCAGCGUCCCCAUGUCUCACAGUGUCCCCAUGUUUUCCAGUGUCCCCAAGUGUCUCAGUGUCCCCAGGUCUCCCAGUGUCCCCUAGUGUCUGGGUCCCCAUGUGUCCCCUAGUGUCUCAGUGUCCCCAUGUGUCCCCUUUUGUCUCAGUAUCCCCAUGUCUCCCUGCUGCCUUUUCCCCCAUCCCUCACUUACCUUAUCUGUAGAGCUGCUGUCUGGACUCUCUGUGCUGUGUAGCUGCUCCCCCGUGCAGAUCAAUGAGUAGUGGAGAGAGGUAGGAAUAUGCUGUAACUUCCUAUCCCUGACUCUUUCCACACACAGUGACCCCUACUGGCCGGUGCUGGUAUUGCAGAGUAAUCUCCGUUUAUACUGAGAAAAAUACCUGCAAUUGUAUUGCCGGGUUUUACUGCAAUACUGGAAUGGCCAGGCAGCCUCAAAUACCGUCUGUGCAAGUAAAAUACCAGUCAGGUGGCAAACCUAAGAGUAGUGGGUAAAAAAAAAAAAAAAUAGGAUUUUUUUUUUUAAAAUGGGCCUAUUCCAUGAGCCUGGGCCUGGAGUUGCACCUCCAUCAGCCCCUAUGUUAAUCCGGCCCUGGAUUUCAGUAGCAGUCUAAAGGUCUCCAUGAAGAUGUCCAGAGGACCCUGGAUCCAUUUAAUUUUCUGCUAUUUAGUGAGACAUUUCAUGUAAGCUCACUACAUUGAGUUGUAAUUUUAACUGUGUGGAAUAACCUUUCCAUUUUAAAGAUGAAGUUGCAGUAUUGGAGCCAGUUGAAGACUAAGAAAACUCUAAUCCAUGAAAAUAAGUAUUUUUUAUUUUCAGAAGUACACAACUCACUUUUGUUUUCUGUUUGUUUGUUUUUUAAUUUUUAUAUUUGGCAAGUUAUAAAGGUUUUGUUGAAUGACAGCCCCAGUUUACACAAAAUAUGCAGAGUAAAGAUCUUUCAUUGAUGACUGUCCUAGAUCCCCCUGAAUUGACAGAAACAAAAUCAGUAUGUGUGACUUAAUUAUUUUGCUUUUUGACUUUUGUAGCUCAUUUUUCUUAUCAAAUUUAAGGCAUGUGUGUGUUUUUUUUUUUUUUUUGUUUCUUCUGAAAUUAUGUAAUAAUGUAAAAUGUUAGCAUUUAUCUACUCCAGUGACUGGUACGUCCGGUAGUGUGUAUAACAGUAUUGUGUGAUUUCAACAAUGUAUCUAAUGUUACACAGUUUGCCAAAAGAAUACUUGUGCGAAAAAACAUAAAAUACUGGGCUCAUUCAUGAGCCUAACAAAUGACAUUUGUGUUUCACAACGUUAACACUGUGGUGAUAGUGAAGGAUCUUUAUCAAUGAGCUGGCAUUUUAUUUUAUUCUUUUCUGGUUUUUUUUUCUUAUUCUUUUUUUAUUUAUUUUUUAUUUAAUUUAAUUUAAUUUAAACCUUUCGACCACACAUUCUAGGGCAUCUGCCAUUUAAAUUAUAGACUAGCUAGGGAAGAAAACUUAAAUGUGAGGGGUCAUUUAAUGUAAUCCAGACAGAUUCAGUGCAGUAGUAUUCCAGUUUCCGAGAUGCUUCUAGAAGAUGAUGAACGUAUUUCCAAGCAAUGAAAUAAAAACGUACCUUAUACCAUUGUGAUGGGUUAGGAUCUAUUGAUCAGUUGCCCAGUAGUGUAGAUUUGAGAGUUCGUAGUGAGCAUUUGAACAUAGUUUAUGAGAAUACUGAGAAGGGCAAAAACUAAAAGGAAUCAAUGCCUUAAACAUUACCCUCCCUGACAAACGGGUGCACCGAUGGAGUUUCCCUUUCAGUGGUCAGAUAAGAUUUUAAGCACCUGGGGAAAUGUCUCUUAGUAAGAUUCUUCAACCUGUUCUAGGAUAACUUUUCCCCUCCCCUGGGUUCCUUCCAAAGGGACCUAUGGGAGUGGUCCUACCCACACAUCACUUGGUUCGUCCGGAUCCAGGUAAUCAAGAUGAAUCUUCUUCCACUCCUUCUUUACCUCUUCCAACCCAUCCACAUUGGAAUACCAUGGUCUAAUCCUAGCACAUUACAAUCUAUGCUGGUGGAUUAUGUCUGGCGGGAAUGAAGUUCACGCCAAAAAUUUUACCUGUUGACUAUGACUAAGCAUGAGGUGGAGUGGCACUAUCAAACUUUAAAACAUAUUACACAGCCUACCAUUUAGUUCGAGUGAUUUAAUGGGCCAAGGCAGAUGUUGUUAAACUAUGGAAGACAAUUGAUGAAUGGAUGCUGGGAACCCCAAUGUCUAUUCUAUUGUGGUUCGCGCCAUCACAGUGUGGUAGAUUGAUGGUGUAAGCCCAUUUGUACAGACUACACUGCGAAUCUGGCACUCAAUGGCUCAAAAAUACAUGAUGCACCUAUGAGUCCAAUUGUGUACUUAUUGUUUACAAUGUUUCUUGCAUGUUUACAUGUUUUUCUUGCAUGACCGAAGAGAACAAACUAAAAAUAUAUUCACACCCCCCGCCCCCCAAAAAAACUUAAAGCAAUCUUCCAGACAUCAUAACAACUUUAUUCGAAGUCCCUGGCACCAGCUUCAUUUUUGCGGUAAGCUCACUAACGUACCAGAUUUUUCAUGAAUGGUUUAACCCCAAAGGCUUCUCUCCAGCAACAUUUAGCGCACCCACAGUUCUUCUGCUGCUCUCAGAUUCUUCAAACAGACUAAAACUGCCGCAGACAUUGACACCACUGAUUGGCUAAGCCAUAAGCCAGUUGGUAGCUCCUUAUUUACAAAAUGGCUUGAAAAAUAUAUGUAUUUUUCUCACGCUGUUUUUUUUUUUUUUUUAAAUCUUUAUUUUAGUGAGGCAUUUACGCAAAACAGUAUAAAGAAUGACAAUGGAAAGUUGCUCGGCCCUGAACGCAGUCAGGGGGAACGAGCUUCCGUAAAAAGUAGCCUCCAUUUUUCUUUUUGUAACAAGUAUAACACAACAUUGCAGGUAUUGGGUACAAUCAGUUAACAACGUAUUAGGAUAAUAUGCAGUGUAUAUGUGACAACGGUUAUUGCUUCGUAUACUUAGUGGCCUACAGUUCUACAGGCCUGCGACCCAUAGGCCUGGAUCUCUCAUGCAGGCUCUCAUGAAAAUUUACGGCAUGUAACAUAUAUCAGGCUUUGUCAAGGUGCAACAUUACACUCUUAUAUGGGGUCAGUGUGUCUGGGAUAUGCAAUGGGUUUGUAAUGGUGACCUGUCAGUUUCUCUAUUGAUUAAGACAUCAUGUGUGUAUGUGGUUAAGAGAAAAUUGUCACGCUGUGUGAGGUCUGAGCCGGGAGGCCCGAGAUGUGAAUUAUGCGUUCUCUGUCGUGCGUGUGCGGGUUAAGAGCCCUUGACCAAGGGGGUUGCGGGGGCGGGGGGGGGGUGUUCGGUCCGCCAUGUAGUGUGGUCUCUACGUCAUCCGACCAGGCCGGCUAUUUCUUAAAUUAGUUUGUCCUAUUAGAGGGUAGCAAUAGGGCAGCAGCUAGAGAUAUAUGACAGAUAUUAACUAUGAACAUAGAAAUAAGAGUGAACUUAAAUAAUGUAUUAACACAUGUGUAGACAAGUGUUCAUUCAGGGCUGUCUGCGCCCUGUGUGUUCAUCGAUCGUGGGACGAACGGUGGUAUGGACGCAGGGUCCCUCAUUGCCACCUCUGAUGCCGAGGUGGAGGGCACAUCAGCUUGCGAUAGUCCCAAAGUUUCCAGGAAGGUCGGUGUAUCCGUCAUGGAUGUCAGGGUGUGUGUCGUCCCGCCUUGGGUCGUAGUCAGGGACCCAUUCAGUCCCCAUCUGUAUUGUAGCCCCGCAGCUCGCAGUUGUGCUGUCACCGUGCUGUAUGAUUUGCGGUGUAGGAGAGUGGCCCUUGUUAAGUCCUGGAAAAAAGUGAGACUUGCGGUUUCAAAAGUGAAGGGGGUAUUGCCCUUCAUAGCUGACAUAAUCUGUAUCUUGUCCGGUAGUGAGGUGCAGCGGAGGAUGACAUCUCGUAUCGCUGUGGACUUAAAGUGAGAAGGGCUUGGGAGGCGAUAAACACUGUCGAUAGCUACUCUCUUUGCCUUUGCAUGUGGCAGGAUUGCGGCCAGCAGUCUCCUGAUGUAGUGGGGUAGCUCUUCAGCCGUAAUCUCUGUGGGGAUGCCCCUGAUUUUAACAUGGGUUCGCCUCUGGCGAUCUUCUAGUGAGGUGAGCUUAAGCGACAGAAAGUGCUGCUGCGUGUACAGUGUCUGUAUGGAACCCUGUACUUCGGAAAGGUGAGAUUGUACCUCUGUUAUGGCCUUUUCGUUGGUUCCAACCCUCUCCGACACUGCACGGACCUCCGUUUUGAGAAUGGCCGAGUCGGCCGCGAGUAGCUUAUGUAUUUCGGUUAGUAGGAGUUUUAGGUCCUUUUUCGUAGUAGGAGCUGAGUCAUCGGGUGGGUCUGGAGGCCCAUCUCGUUGUGGUGGUGGGUGCGGUGAUCCCUCGGGCCCAGUUUGGUGUGGCGCCGGGGCCUGCUCUCUUUCUUCCACGGCGGGAGGCCUAGGUGGCGGUGGCUUCUGGAACAUAGUUCCUAUGUCCCUAGUUUCUGCCGAGGUGUGCGUCCUCUGAGAACGCCUACCCAUGCUUGGCAAGCUCUGGGAUGAAGCCUGUACCGUGUGGGUGUAGGGUUGUUCCGCUCUUGAUGUUGCGAUUUCUCCCAGGAAACUCCCCAGGCCUUGCAGCGUGUUGUAGGCCCCGGUUUUGGGUUUCCGUCGGGCUGGCUUUGGCGGUUGGAAAAAAGGCAUCUAUCGAUGCUAUACGUUCCUCUGAUCACAGCUGGGAUUGUGUGGAAGCCGGAUUGGAAUCGGUUUAGCAGAUAUCGUCUGGAUUCGAUUUGCAGUUUUGGGAGCUUCAGAAAUGGCGUCUGGUCAGGACGCUUGGUAAGCCCCGCCCCCCUUCUCACGCUGUUUUUAUGAACAAAGAGCCACUGAUUGGAUGAAAGUGCCAGCAAACACACUUUGGGUUGUCUGUAGUGGCACAAGUGAGCUGAAACUAGUGAGGACCCUCUGGAGAACAAGCUUGUAAGCUGUCAAUCUUAGUAUUCUCUUACAAUCUGUCUGUUUUGGUUUCUAAGCAAACUGAAUUUUCUAUUUAGGAACAAAGGAAGUUGGAUAUAUAGUAAUUGUUAGAAUGUGAUGGUUAUCUUGCUUUGCAAAGCCUGCAGUUAACAUACAAAAUAUAGAAUUCCCUGAAACAACAUAGUUAUUUAAAGAGGCAGUCUAAGUAUCAUAACCACUACAGCUCAUUAUAAAGGUUAUGCUGCUAAAACUAUAUUGGUGACGUAUCCAGUUUUUUUUUUGUCAAACUGUUCAGGGCAGUCUCCAUGGCACCCAGAUAUAACCAACUCUCCAGGUUACUUCAUAAUGUGACUUUUACGCACUUUGUCACGCAUUGUCAAUAUUAAUAGGUUGAUAGGCUAAGAGUACCAGUUCUACAAGCUCCUAUAGACUCUUGGCAGUAUAACCACCAUUCUUAGCUGUGGUGGUUAUGUUGCCUAGAGUACCCCUUUGAAGAGGUAAUGUUGUUUAUAACAUACUUUGCCACACCUCAAUGACAAACAGAAAUAAACAUGUUUUUUUCCUAUUUCAAUAAGCAAGUUGGCGUUGUUUAGGUUUGUUGAUUUUAGUUCUUGAAUAAUGACUUUUCCUGCUUACAUUCAUGCAUUUCGCGCUCUAAAAACUGUUUUUAAUUAGUAUCCAGGCACAAAAAUGUCAAAAAGUGAUACAAAUGUGCAUCACGUGAAAUAGCACAUACUUUUUUUGUUAUAGUUUGUCAGGAAAAAAUGAUUGUUCCGUGUGUUCAGCAUUGUAGCAUCCAUCAGCUUGUAAAGUAAAAAUAAUUGUAGAUGACCUCAUUAUGGAUUCUUCAAUUCUGUUUCCUUGUAAACCUUUCCACUAACAUACACAAUGUUCAGCCAGCACUAUUAUCUUAUGUACAAAGCUCAUCAGGGUUUUUUCUUUAAAUGAACACUCCAGGCACAAUGCCAACUUCAUCUCAAUGAAAUUGUUAUGGUGUCUAGAGGUUCUAGGUGCCGUUUUACCUUUUGGAGUUAAACUAUUUACAGAUGAUUUAACACCAAUAUGAUCCAGAUGGUGCCUGUCCUCCAGGUGUCUGUUUCCGCCUUACCCCAAGUUCAAUGCAGAAGCUUCGAACUGAGUGCUGUGAUAGGUUAUUACUGUUAUUACUGGCUUCCCAUUGAACCUUUGAGAAAAAUUCACGAGAAAAGUCCCUGGAAAGGGACCUGGUGCCUUAUGGGCACGGUAUGGACCUCUUUUGGGUUAAACCAUUCAUAAACAGUCUAAACCCUUAAAUAAGAUGGUGCCCAGGGACUACAGGCACAUUGAGAUGAAGUUGUUAUGGUCACCAGAGUGUUUUUUGUUUUUAAAUUAACUAUAAUAUUUCUUGUUUACAGCAAAACAGUGCUGUUCAGUUCUCAUUUGGAUCUAUUUUUUCAUAGUGUUUCAUAUUUCUAGUAUUCGACACCCAUUGACAUACAAUACGAUAUUACCUCUUUUCACCCUUAAAUGUGAAUCGAUUCCAAGACAUACCAUGACAAGAAAUGUUCUUAUGUUUGUGCUUCAUGCUGUUUUGACUCCAGUUCUUGCCAGACGAUUCUAAUAUACAGCCUCACAUAGGGACCGAAAGGCACACCCAUGAUUUAAAACACAAUCUUACUGUCGUCUCCUUAUAUUUUAUCUUCAUUCAUUUCUAUUUAUUCAUUUUUGCAGACCAGAUCAGUUUAUGCACUGAGAAGCUUUCACAAGUCUGAACUUGAAUACAAAAGCCCUAAUGUGACAUCUGCUAAUAUCACGUAAUAUACAAAUUAUUCAGCCUUCAAGCGCUCACUUAAUACUCAAUACUUAAUCCUUUGAAUGGCGGUAUCCAUGUAAUUAUGUCGAGCUUGCAUUUUUUCUGUUCUAUUUUUUUGUGCCCUGAAGACAGAAAACAAAUUCACUCUUGAUUUCUUCUUGCAUUCCUGUACCACCCCUUAAACUGCAAAAGGGUAAAGGGUGAAAAUUAAAAAAAUGUUUUCAGAUCAUGAACCGUAGUAAAGAAAGGUUUUUGUAUUCACUCUGCCUAAUUGCUUCCUGGGGCUCUUCCAUUUCCUGACUACAUUACAUAUUUUAGAAAUUACCCCUUUCUAUCUCAUUUUGCCCUUGAGAGGCCAUAAUUAUUUUCCAAACUACAGUAACUUCAAGUUGGAAAAACAAGGGUAAUUGUUCGUUUUAGAACAUAUUUUUUUUUCACCACUUCAUGUAUUUUACUACAUUUUUUAUUUUACUUCAUAAUUUAUAUUAGGAUAUUAGGACAUUAAAUCUAAGUUGAGGUUUUUAUGUUCCUUUUGCCGUCUUACAAUACACGUCUGAUCUCAAUUUUGUGCUUUUGCAAAAUCCACUUAAUUUUGCUUAAAACAGGUUAAAAAUCUAUUAAAAUCCUAGUUACAAUAAAUGAAUAAAUAAUAAAUUAAUAUAUCAUAUUUUUUCUUUUCCAUACUAUAGUAAUGUGCCUAACAUUGUUAAAAUGUGAAAUUUUAGGAUAACUAUAACAUUAUAUACCAGGUAUAACAAUUAGUGAGACUGACGUUCACCCGUGCCAGUUCUCACAGUGCCAGUGAUUCAGUCCCAGGUUAAUAUGUGCUAUUUCGCUUUCUGGGAUUGAGUCUUGAGCAUGGUGCAAUGUGCGAAUGUCAUUGAACAGACCUGGCGGCAAUGUACGUAUAGAUUUUAAUCUACCUAUUUGGUACUGAUUUACCUAAAAGGGUUUUUCAUCAGCCAUAGUUAAAGCUGACAAGGCCACUUCAAGCCAAAUGAUUGUCAAGGUUAUUCACUAAUGUGUGAAUUGUUGGGAAUUCAAAGUGAAUUUAGGUCACAAUAGUUUCACUGAGUAAAGAAAAUCCCUAAGUCUGUAAUGUUUUCAGUUUUACUGUGUUGGUCUAAAAUUAGAAAAUUCUUGCACAUCACACUAUAGGUAAUAACCCUUUAAGUGAAUCAAUAUAAUUUAGCUAGCCAGUGCGCGGGAUUAUUAUUUUUAAGUGUAGAGCCGGUGUAGCUGGAGGUGGCCUGUAGACAUUCUCAGUGACCUACUGGUAACCAUUUAGAUAAAUGUAUUUUAGAACAACACCAAUCUUAUCCACGCAGACUCAUUUCUAAACACAUUUACUGUUUACAAACUUGUUCUUCUGUGAUUCUCUGUUAGAGACUCAAACACCAAAAAUGUAGGAUCCUUGUAAGAGAGGGACAUUGUGAUCGAUAAGAAGUAGGCUGAGGUAGGUCUUAAUUAACAUAGGGGCUAAUGGAGAUUCAGCUCUAGGCCCAUGCAAAAUAAGUAGUCCUACUAAUUCUACAUUGUUGUUGUUUCAUUACGUGCUCUUGCUCUAAGAACAAAACUUUUGUGGACUGGCUAUAAAAUAAUUAGCCUAAAACUGACUUUGUGUGCUUUCCAAAUACUCUUGGUGUUUCUGUCUCUCACAGUCCAAUAUAAAUAGUUUGAGGUUAGCAAGAGAGGAGAUGAGAGCCAUUGGGCUUGUAAAAUGGGCAGAUUGACGGAAAUGCAGAAGAUACAAAUUAACGUAUGGUAUGUGUAGUCUUGAAAUGCAGUACCACCUCCACCAGAUGCAAAUCACUUAGGAGGUAUGACUGUUUUAGUGUUUUCAUCUAUUCAAUUUUGUAAUUAGACCCAUCAUUAUUACCAGCAUCAGGCCCAAAAGGCUGUUAAUCCAGCAUUGGUCAGGACCAUAUUAGCCAAGGUUAAGUAGAGUUCCUCUGAAAGAUGGACUUUUGUGGGACAAUAUAAUUUAAAUUUUUUUUACUAUCUCAACCUUUCUUCAUUAUAACAGAUUGACAUGUGUCUGGUGAUUAUGCAUUUGGAUUAUCAUUAUUUUAAAUUAUUAUUAUUAUUUUAUUAUUUAUAUAGCGCCAUCAGAAUCCGUAGCGCUGUACAAUGGGAGGACUAAUAGACAUGUAAUUGUAACCAGACAACUGGACGCACAGGAACAGAGAAGUGGAGGACCCUGCUCAAUGAGCUUACAUUCUAGAGGGAGUGGGGUAUAGUGACACAAAGGGUAAAAGUAGGGGUACGAAGUAGGUUGUUAGAAAAGUAUUCACUAAGGGCUUAGAAGGAGGAGUCAUGGAGGGUGGGGGAUAAAAACCUGCUAACAGUUUAAUUGAUAUGCUUUCUUGAAGAAGUGAGUGUUCAAUUAUUUUUUGAAUGAGUGGUGACUGCGUGAAAGUGAAUCAUAUAUUUGAUUGCAGGAGUUUCAAAAGUCUAUUUUCUUCUAUUUUUGAUGGGUUUUCACUAAUAAAAUAACCAACACUUUUAAAAAAAUGUUACUGUGAUUAUAGUAGAGAAAGGAAGUUUGCAAGCAGAUAUCUACUUUAAAGGAUGCCCUACCAAUUGCUCAAGGAGUAAAUGGUGAUGAAUUGUAAGCAAAAUCCUGAAGUUUGCAAUUCUGUUUUCACUUCACUAAAUUUUGUAUUUAUUGAAUAAACUCUUAAAUAAUAUACACUCUGUUUUCAUAUCCUGAAGGCCUGCUAAGCAUUCCAUGGCUUCUGCCCUCACUAACACUUAAGAAUUUAAGUAUAUCCCCUGCAACAACCUUUAGUGUCAAUGUGAGUUAUUUCCUGUCCAUUUUUAGGCUGCAGCUUUGACAGCCUUGUUGUCCUAUGUGUUCAUAUAGCUCAGAGCAAGGUAAACUGUCAGUCAUUCUAUUUAAGGCUGCUGUUAAUUUUAGGUGGGGGAGGUAUGCUCCUCUUUGACAAGCUUGAAGACAAUAAUUAAUAAAUUUAUCAGCGUGAUGUCAUUGUGUUUAAUCUGACAUUGUGAUUUACUCAGAAACUCCUGCCAAACUUUUGUGUAAAAAAAAAAAUAUUUAUAUACAUCCUCUUUCUGGGAUAAAUACCACCCUAAAUAAUACACAAAAAUGGGGAAAUAAUGAGCAAAAUGCUUCGAAAAUGAAAAUGAAAUGAAUAUUAUAAAUCAAAUUGUAGUUUCCUAGAUAGCACCUACAUCUGUCAUACAGUUAUGGUAGCAUUUUCUGGAGCAAUUUACCCUGUCACACCAAAUUAACAACACACAAAAAGCUGAAAUUAUACUUUCAUAUCUGCCGUCUCUAUUUUUCUUCCUUUCUUUCUUUCUUCACCCCAUCAUUUAAAAGUCUGAAUAUAAAAUAGUUACAUAUCUUUUUAUUUAGGGUUAAUUUUUAAAUGGGUUUUGUUAUAAUUUUUUACCCUCCCUACACCUCUUAAGAAGUUAAUUAAAUAGAAACUGGAUUCAAUUAUUCUGCUGGAGCUUGCCAAGUGCGUUGUGCCAAGGUAAUAAAUUAAAUUGAGCUUUAAAUUGUUUCAGUGUAUAACUGAACAGCUGAUCUAUUGUGUGUUUGAGCAAAUUGUCAAAGGUUUGUGUAGGGACUUUAGGUGGAUGUUAACCAUCCCAACUGGACAGAAGCCAAUAGCAGGCUUGUUUUUUUCUUUCUAAAACAAUGCCUAUGGCCAUAUUACGCACAAAAUCCUUUCUGAGGCUUUAAGCAGUGCGGUUUGAUCUUCCUGAUACACUGUAUCUUUCUGUAUGCUCAGUGAAAGCACAGCGCUUAAAUGGGUGAGAACUGAUGUCCUUAAAGUACUUCUCACUGUAUCAAGUUAUUUUAAGCUAUUUUACAGACUAUAUUUUAAGCAGUUCACCCUUUUUAUUUACGUACUCCACAUGUUUCUUUAGCUUAUAUUGUGUUAUAAGACAUGAUAGACAUGAUAGUGUGUUUAUAGGUGUUAAAAAAAGGAAGUUUGCAAGCAGAUGCCCCAUUUUUAGGACAUUUAGGAGUUUAUUUAUCCUGUAUGGCAAAGCUUGAUAGUACACUAAUUAUGAAGUCAAUUAACCAAUAACGGCCGUUACAUAGUUACAUAGCUGAAAGGAGACUUGUGUCCAUCAAGUUCAGCCUUCCUCACAUUUGUUUUUUGCUGUUGAUCCAAAAGAAGGCAAAAAACCCAGUUUGAAGAACUUCCAAUUUUGCAACAAGCUAGGAAAGAAAAUCCUUCUUGACCCCAGAAUGGCAGUCAGGUUUAUCAUUGGAUCAAGCAGUUAUUACCCUACAUUGAAAGAUUAUAUCCUUGAAUAUUCUGCUUUUGCAAGUAUGCAUCUAGUAACUGUUUGAACAUCUGUAUGGACUCUGAUAAAACCACUUCUUCAGGCAGAGAAUUCCACAUCCUUAUUGUUCUUACAGUGAAAAAACCUUUCCUUUGCCUUAGACGAAAUCUUCUUUCUUCCAGUCUAAACGCAUGUUCUUUUAAUACAUUUUGGUAUUGCACUGAAAGUAUACAAAAUACACAUUCUGACGGGCAGGAUUUGCAAGUCCAACCUCCCUCCCCCCCCAAUAAAAAUAAAUGUUAGUCCUAUCCUAAAAGUCGUCAAGAUGGUUCAAUUCUGCUUUUGAAUCUCUAAUAUAGUUUUAAGGAUUUGCCACAGAUUACUUUUUAAGUCACUUUCCUAUAUGCUUAAUACUAGUUUUAUGAGCAAUAAAAAAAAUCAAGCCGUGCUUGCUAUUUAAACUCUGUGAAAAUGACAUAAGUUGAGUGUUGUGUCAUUCAUUACGAUAAAGUGUUUAAAGGUAAUAAGCAGGAAAAUGUACAACUUUUAAGAAUUUGAAAAAUAAUUGCUUGUGAUAUGCAGUUAAAACAGCUUAGUUCUUGAAGGGAUUCUCCAAGCUGCAGCUGAUUGUAUAAUGUUUUGGUAAUAAUGUGGGAGGUAAGUGGGGGGGGGGGGGAGAGAUAAAAAAAAUUAUAACAAUUAAUCAAGUUCUUACAUUUAAACAUAUUGUUUUUGGUGAAACUUAACAGGUUAGCAUCUUCUGAAGUGAUUUCUCACUAACAUAGAAACAUAGAAUGUGACGGCAGAUAAGAACCAUUCGGCCCAUCUAGUCUGCCCGAUUUUCUAAAUACUUUCAUUAGUCCCUGGACUUAUCUUAUAGUUAGGAUAGCCUUAUGCCUAUCCCAUGCAUGCUUAAUAUAGCACUUCAGCUGGAAGGCUAUUCCAUGCAUCCACUACCCUCUCAGUAAAGUAAUACUUCCUGAUAUUUUUAAACCUUUGCCCCUCUAAUUUAAGACUAUGCCCUCUUGUUGUGGUAGUGUUUCCUCUUUUAAACCACUAAGUGGCUCAUGGUACUGACAAAAGUUUUAUUAAACUAUUAUAAGUCAUGCUUUUUGUGCACAGCAACAGUUUCUGGGGGUUUAGUUCAAAUUGUCAACUUUCUACUAUAUAAAGCUUUGUACUGAACACAAGUUAUGACAUCAUGUAUAGCUGAAUUUUUUUGAAACAAAAAGGGAUAUUCUGCGCCCUGUGAGGGAGGCCUCCUCGGAUGCAUUUCACUUACAGUGUUCCAUAUUGUCUUACUCAGUCUGUAGAAAUAAGAUCAAAAUUAUAUUUUCAGCUAGUAAUUUCGAACCAGCUGGGCUACAGCCUAUUGUGGAGGCAGGUUUGCAUCCCAUCUCUUAUACAGGGUUGCUUAAUCUCCAGACCCAAUUGCGUAGUGACAAUAGACGCUAGUUUGGGAUAUUGCCAAUCCACGUCCAAGUUUUGGUUAAUCUCUCCUUGUCUCUCCAGGCCUGCUGUCCAGCAUGUUCUUCAGUCAGGCAAUCCAAUAGCAAAAAUAUAUCACCAGGGAAGACUGUCAAGUGCUGACAUUAUGGUGGAGGUACUUUAUGUUUCUUUGUUGGGCAAAGAAUCAUGAUGUCAGCCUCUUUCCAGUUCACAAACCUAUUCUAAGGGUGGAGAUCUGGGAUAUGUGCUUCCCAAUUCUCUAACUCAUGAUAGGAAAUAGGCACUUAAACAAUGUGUUCCCCACACAUAGUUACCAGAUGGGAGUAAUCAUUGAUGGACAUGAUGACUUCAUACCUCAAUAUGAAACUUCCAUUUUCAGCCUCAUCCAUCUCUUACCUGUGAUCCAGAGGUAUCACAGCACCUAAAGAACCUGCUCCUCUGAUUCUAAAAACUCCAAGGGUCCUCAGCGGGUCAUGAUAUGGUAAGUUUCACACCAUGGAUUGGAUGUUAUGGUUAGGGUCCUUCUUGUUUCAUGUUUUAUCUUGCAACAUGAUCUGCCAGACAAGGUAAUUGCCUGUCACAAUGUAAAAUCUCAACACGCAGUGUUCAGGACAGCAUGGGACAAAACAAGGAAAUAGCAUAUUGCCGGGCCUUAGAAUGGCCGAACUUAAUGUUAGACAGAGAAAAAUCGUAGUCAGUAAUGAGCCGAGGUCAGUGUAACACAAAGACAGCAAAAAUGAGAACUAGCCAGAGUCAUGUACACGGUAAUCAGUCAGACAGGCAAACAACGCAGGAAAGGGUUAAAGAUAAACACAGAGUCAGUAACAAAGUCAAGGUCAAUACCAGAAUAUAAUACAAGUUACAAGGAACUCACUAAAAGGUACUGGGCCGAAACCACAAUAUGUGCUGUUGCUUUAAAACAAUAUAAAAGUUGUGUAGUUACAGUUACUGUAUGCCAUUGUAAUUCAAAAUCUGUCAAGCAUCAGUCUGGAGUGAGUUUAGUUAUUGGACAGCAUCAGCCCUUGCCUAUUGUCUAAGGAGAAUGGAAUGAUAAUGAAGCUGUUUUCAGAAUUGAAAUACUUGUUAAAAUCUACAUUUACUGUCUGUUUAUUUGCAAAGUUUUUUGUUUUUUUUUUCCUUUCAGAAUGCUUUUCUUUCAGAAUUCUUUUCCACAUUAAAUUUAGAGUUUUUAAUACAUUUUAAAUAUUUUUAUGUAAAUUAAAGGGACACUCCAAACAUCAUAAUUAGCUGUGCACUAAAUGCCUCUCACUCUGUUCAUUUUACUACAUUUUUUAAGACCCCUGCUAUUUUAAAGGAAUGACAGGACAUGUUACACCUCCUUUACUGGUGGUGAAGAUGGUACAGAGAAUUAUUCACAUAGAAGCAACUGCUGCACCAAGAAUGUAUUUAUAAAUUGUUUUGCCAGGAAAGAUGCAGAAAAUGUGUGUAAGGGAUAAUUACUUAGCAUAUGUAUUAUGUAUUUGUAUGAAGUAAUCUAUGUGCAUGCUCAGUAUUUCUGUACGCAAAUCAGUGAAGGCUCUUUAGUCUGUAAUUCCCGGUUCAACUGUGAAAACCAAGUCAAUGGCAUAAGGAACACUCUAGCGUUAGGAAUAGAAAUCUGUAUACCGAACCCUAUAAACUCCUUGUUCCUAGCUAAUUGCGCCCCCCCCCAGGUCUCUUAAUAAGUAUCAAAACUGUUGAUAAACGUAUGCAUAUAAAAUCGAGGGAGAAUAAGGGAGAUCCAGAGAGGAAAGAAAAUCUCUAGAAUAUAAAAGACUGGUUAUGAAAACUAGACCAGCGGUGGGAGGCAUGUGAUCAAAUUCAAACAGGGCUGGUUCAUUACCAAUAGACUAAAACUUGUCAGAAUCAGAAAGAAAAUUAAAAAGAAGAAGAAAAGAAACAGAAACUGCUAAAUAGUCUAUGGAAGUCAACACAGAACCUCAAUUCUAGGUCUGGACACAAUCUUUUUGUUGGUUGAAAGGGCUGGACUUUGAUGACAUCUCAUGAAGGUUCCCCGGCUGCUUUCUUAGGAGUGAGGUGGCAAUUAUACGAGGUAUUUCCAUUAGGUCUUUAAUCUGAAGUAUGCCAUUCUCCAUGGUAAUUAAUAAGCAGUGGGUGAGUUCCCAUUGGUAUGAUAUGGAUGAAGAUGCAAUAAAACUGUAUGGGUCUUCAUAGACUACUGCCAUCUUAACGUGUCCCUCGUAAUAUUAGGUGUAGCAUUCUCAAAAUGAGAGGUGGUGUUAUCCCAUAAUCCUCUCAGAAGUGUGGUUUGAACAGUUUUAGAGGUUAGGUGGAUUAUCACAUCUCCCGAGGAUGGUACCUAUAACUCCAGGUAUUUAACGUUUUAAUUACUAAAAUAUUCUCUUCAUUUUUUUAAGUAUCGUUGGAUUAUUAAUUAAAUGGCUAGAGCAUGGCUAAUUGUCUGUAAAGGCAUUAUAUGCAAUCUAAAACCUGGAAAUGAGAAGAUUGCUAGCUCCAUUCAGUUCCAACUAAUUGGAAUUCUGAGCUUAAAUGCUGCCAGGACCAUUUGGUUAUAUCACACUGAAAGUCAAGAGCUUUAUAUGCAUCCAUUGCGGUCAGAGAGACCUCUCCUUUGAGACAUAUUCAGGGACUUGUGAUUCCACCAGUUUUCUGAGAGGUAAUGAGCAAUUUAAUACAUAUUUUGCAGUAAUUAAAGGGACACUCCACUGCCCAAAUAAAAACAAACUUAACAAAAUACAGAUUAGUAUAUAUGCCUCAAAAAAAACCUUGCAUGGGGUUAUAUCUAAAAGCAGACGGCAAAACCUUUGCAAACCUUCCCCUUAUAACUCAGACUUUCUGUGACUGUCGAAUCACAGACUUCCCAAUGCAGCAGAAUGCAAGGCAAGUACUCUGGGAAAUUGCUGCCUCUUGAGUUUAGCUCCACUGAGCUAACCAAACUAGGAAAUAACAGGGUGUGUUCUCUGCUUGAAAGCCAGGGGGUGUAACCAGGUUAUACAAGUGUCAUUUUCUAUUAAAAUCUGCACUGUUUUGCAAAAUGAAAAAAGGACCCACUCAUCACACAUAAAGCUCUUCAAAGAGCAAGCUAAAGUGCUUUAGGAGCCUGGGGUGUCCCUUUAAGCAAAUUAUGCUAUUGGCAUAUGCCUUUUCUUUUUAUCUACAUCUACUUAAAUGGAACAUCUUCCUGUACCGUUCCAAUGUUUGUUAGAUCUAGAAGUAUGGUUUUAUUUUGGUACUUGUUUUAGAUCCAUGCUCAGGCACUGGGGGACCCCUUUACCUAGAGUACAUUUACUUUUAACACAUUUUUAUAUCGUUUUUAUUUCUUUAUGCCUUGUUAUUUCUAGAUAAGGAUGCUGACCCUCAGGAUGUUUCUUUAUGUGGUGUUGUCAAAACGUAUCCGGUAAUUGAUUUCAAAAACCCUUCCUCAGUUGACGCCUUUAGAUAUCUGGCUGACUGUCACAUUAUUAUUAUUUUUUAAUUUAAUUUCAGUGAACAUCGUUAUCUUUUGAAACUUUUAUGUGCCGUGUGUGCUGAUGGCAUAUUUCCAUGUCUUAGUGUAAUAAAAUCUUAAAACUGGCUGAGACAUAUUUCACCCCUGGGGUGAGUUGAUCCGAAAUGUUUUUCCCCUGAAACAGACAGGCAUAUGUACUUCAGCAGUGCCAACAGGCGAUGCCACUACUUUUUCACGUUCUUCAGCACAGGUUGUGCAAAUUUUUCCCGGAACUGGAAAAUUGGCCAUGAACCUCCAUCUAAUUAUACGUCUGCAUUGUAGAAAUGAUUAAUAGAUUAGGCUGGAAAAUGUAUUGUCACGUGUCGAGUCAAGCCUACCUUGUGUAAAGUGUCUUCAGAAUAUAUUACACAUAAUGCAUAUAUUUUAUUGUUAAACAGCAAAACAGAGAACGGUAGUAAAACAGAAAGAAGAGUAGAAAAAGCUGAACAAGCAAACCUAUGCUAUUGUAUUAAUAACUAAUCAGACCUCAUAUAAUAUGCUCUAAAUGGAGAUUAAUAGCUUUAAAAAUAAGUAUAUAGAUACUGUAUAUACACCUUGGCAGAGAAAGUAUAGAGUAGACAACAUCAAAGGAUUAUUUUCAAAGGACUAAAUACUGUUGAAGAAGGGAGAGUUUUUAUAAAAUAUAAAUGGAAUAAUAUUAACAUGGUUUGAGGACAUAGAAUCAGGACUUGAGAGCGUGCGGAAGCGUUAAGGAUUGCCAGAGACUAGAUGCUCCCUAUCCAGGCCUGCAUGAACUCAUAUUCCCUGUAUUGGCCUCACAAUGUGCGAGUGUAUUUAAUGCUGCACUAUGUUUUGCUAUUUGAGGAUUUUCAUCUGGUGUCCAACAUAUUGUAAAGGAAAAAACAAAACACCCAGGACUGUGAAGCUUGAAGGAAUACUUUUGUCCGCAGUAAAGGGAACAAAUGUCCCUGAUAGAAGAUUCUAGUGAAGGAAGUAAAGGCUCACAUGUAUACGUGAAGCUAUCCUUAAAAAAAGUUUCAUAAUAAAAUGAAGAAUACCAAGACUUAUUUUUCUUCAUGCCAUUUUAUCCAGUCACCAUCAAAGUGACUUGGCUAUGCUUGGACUGUAUUUAAAACUGUGUUAAAAUUGUGUUUUUAAAAAUCACCUCUCUGGGGUAUAAAUUUUGUCAGCUUCACUUUUACGAUGUCAGUAUUACUUUGUCUGAUCUCUUGUCAUAAACAUCUGCUGACUAAAAUGUUUAAAAAACGGCCAAGAGUUAUUUAUUGAGUAAAGCAUAGCAAAUAAAAAAUAUAUAAGCACAGCACUGACAAAAUAUGUUAACACAAUAUACAUAUAAGUAUACAAAUGUUAACACCCAUCUACACCAGCAAAACAUAUUGCCUUAAGGCUGCUUUUAAUUUUUGGAGUGUCAGAUGUAAACAGUUAUUAGGUUAUAAACUUAAUUCACAUUUCCUUUUAGCUGACAUUUUGGGUUACGUAAUGCUGAUUUUAUAACCUGCCAGUAAUAAAUAUGUAUGAGCCACAAGAAAUAACAAUUGUAUUACAGAAAAGGGGGAGCUAGUAGACAUGUGCAAUUUGUUUCGGUCCGAAUUAAAAUUCAGCCGAAUUUCGGGCAAUUCGGACAUUCGGGUUCUUCCGAAUGUCUGAAUAGCUGAAUUGCCGAAUUGUCGAAGUCCCGAAGUGCCGAAAUUACCGCAUUCAUGAAGUGUAGUAGUGCCGAAGUUCCGAGGUGUCAAAGUGCCUAAGUUCCGAAGCACAGUACUGUACUAAUAUACUUACCAAGUGAAAGAAGAAGAAUGUUACAAUUUUAAAUAAAAAGUAUACAAACAUAGCCAGGAUUCAGCUGUAAGCGUUUGCAACACUUACAACAAUCAAGUAACACACAUUCAUAUAACAUGUAAGUUACCUAGCCAGUCAUGUAAUGACAGGAAUGAAUAAGUAGAUAACUCCCUAAUUCCCAUGGUAUUAGGGAGCUAUCUACUAAAAGACUGAAAGACCUGAAUUGGUCUUUCAGCCAAAUUUACUAAUACUAAGUAAAGAUUACUUAGUAUUAGUAAAUUAUGCCCCUACUUGCUAUAUCAUGAGUAGGGGCAUGUCUAUUAAACAGUGAGCAGAAAAAAGAAAAAAAAAAGGCCCCCCCUCCUGAGCCCCCACCCGCGACGUGCUUUUUUUUGCCCUCCCCCCCACUUUUGCUUAGUAUUAGAAAAUUUGGCUGAAAGACCAAUUAAGGUCUUUCAGCCUUUUGGUAGAUAACUCCCUAAAAUAUUGUAAAGCGCUACGGAAUCUGUUGGCGCUAUAUAAAUGGCAAUAAUAAUAAUAAUAAUACCGUGGGAAUUAGGGAGUUAUCUACUAAGCGGCUGCAAGAGAAGUCCCGAAAUUCUGAAAUGCCGAAGUUCCGAAAUUCCGAAGUGGCCGAAUUUCCGAAGUGCCGAAGUUCCGAAGUGUUGAAGUGCCGAAUUGCGGAAGUCCCGAAUUUCGGAAUGCCGAGCCGAACCGAACAUUUUCCCCAUGCACAUGCCUAGGAGCUAGACUGGAAACACGUUGAAUCUAGUCAUCGCUAUAGUAAAAAGAAUUGUGUAUAACAGAAUGCCAGUAAGAGGUGCAGGCUGUCUGUGCCUACAUUAUCUGAACGGCUUAAAACUCUGCUUUCGCAAACACACUUUAGUCAUUGCAAAAUAGCUCUGUCCUGUAAACUUGCUCCAAUCCUCCAGUGGAUAGUAGCACUGCCAUCUAGUGGCAAAUGUAUUGUGCUUGGAGAAUUUGUUUAGUUGUAAAUUUAUUGUGCAUCAUUUCAAUAGAAAGGGCUAAUAGUGAGCUAACAUCAAUACCCAUACAUAAUUAUCUAGUUAGAACUGUCCCAAUGAUUGAUUAUUGAUUUUAUAUGCAUUUACGCAGACUUUCUGCUCUUGCAGACAGACAAAAGAAAAAUGCACAUUAGAGAUAUAUACCAUCAUUGGACAAAUGAAAGUUUUAUUCUAAAAUCUAUUUUGCUCUUAAAAUCUGUGAAAAUGUCUUGUCUUCAUUUUUUAAAUUUUUUAAAAAUUUAUUUUAGCUUUUAUUUAAAGGGACACUGUAGGCACCCAGACCACUUCAGCUAAUUGAAGUGGUCUGGGUGCAAUGUACCAUGCCCCUUAACCUGAGAAACUGUAAUAAUUUCCUCUGAGGGUUAACUUCUCCUCUAGUGGCUGGCUGUCCGUUAUCUGACGCUGGACGUCCUCACGGACCUCAAGCGUCAGAUUUUAACACCCUUCAGCACCGCGGGAGGGAGCCACUAUAGGGACCUUUGGUGCCAGAAAAAUAGGUUUGUUUUCCUGGCACAAUAGAAUCCCAUUAAUCUAGCUAAAUAGGAAAUAGGACAUUUUAUUGCUUCUUUGGACUUUUAUAAUGAAAUGUUGCUUUACAAAAUGAUAGACUUUUGAGAUCAAUAGAAAAUAAACAUUGUAGGCAUUAUUAAAUCAUAAAACAAGUGCACAAUAUGGAGAAAUGGAUAAUAAGCUCAAAAACCUCUUGAGUGGAAUCCCCUAGACCACUACAAAAUACAAACAAUAUGCAUAUUAAAUGUCCAAGGAGUGUGGGUUAGACAAAUACUUCUGCUUCAUGUAUUGUUAUCAGAGAAUUGUACCACUUACAAAUAUUAGGUGUUGGCGAAGGAAAAACAAGGAGAUUUUUAAUCCAUGUCUUACUGAAUAUGAAUUGAAUUUGACACUUUUAGAUAAAAACAUUUAAUUAGUUUACAUAUAGUAAAUUGACGAAUAAUACAUAAAUAGUAAUUAUGUAUAUUUUAGGGACACAUUUUUUUAAAAUCAUAUCAAUAUAUUAAAAAGUAAAUUAGAACCAUAUCAUAACAUCAGUGCCUCAAUUCUCUUUUAUUAUAACUGUGACUGAGUUCCCUGUACCCCAGCUGGGUACCUAACGCCAAGGAUCGCUUCCUAGCUGGAACAGGGGACAAACUGCAGCACCACAGUCGUUGUGGCUUGACUGGGGCCCUGGAACCGCUCCUUCCUGGAGCCGAAUGGGGAAUUCACUCUAGACACCCCCAGGCACUGGACGACACUCAGUUCUGGGAGCUCUAGUCCUUACAAGGACUUUCCCAGUUGAAUCCCUUGCAAGCUGGAAAAGCAGACACAGGAGUAAAUCUUCAUUCCCUCCAAUAACAGGACAACACACAGUUUUGGAGUGCAAGCUGGAAUGCUGUAAUGGCAGCCACAACUGGCCUUAUUUGCAUGUCCCCAUGCAAGGGGCACUCCACCCUGGACCUUGUGGGGGACUGCACCACAAAAGUCACAAAUCAAUGACAAUAUAGUUACAAUGCAUGACACUCCCACACACAGCACACAAUCCCUCCCCUCUGCCUGGGAGAUAAUUGAGUCAGAUACUGUAUUAACCCAAUUAUCUCCAGGCAGAAAAAACACACAUUUCUGUUAAGUCUCAAAAGUACCCCAAAAAACAUAAUAUCCACACAAAUGUUACAUCCACUGAUAGCCCUGAUCUGGGUGACCAACAUAUCCAAAAAUCACUCAGAUCAGUUCAGGGGUUCAGGAUUUUCCUGGAAGUCACAUUUUGACUGACCGCAUGCAUGGUUCCAUGCCCAAAACAGUUCCAGAGAAUUAGGCUGUGCAGUCUGUCUACUUCGGGGAUUCAAAGUGCACACAAAAUACAGAACGCUGUUCGACUCCCGUUUGAAUAGCCGAACAUGGACGGUAAAUAGUUAGCAGAGUUUGUGUUGUCGAAUGUCCGAUUUGAGUUCCAUAAGCUCGAACGACCAAACACUGCUCAUUGUUCUCGCGGCUUAAGAUGGCUGCUGCCAUGUGUUCGAAUGCCGCUUCGAACCACUUCAACCGUUCAGGAGUUCGAAGUGCGGCUUUGAAAGUUUGAAGUGUUGCCAUAUAAAUCCAAAAAGGCACGAACAGACACUUUAACAUUAUAUUUCACCAGGUCCAUAGUCUGUGGGCAGGAUGCUGGCAAGCAGGCUGUAAAAAGGGGAGUUUGUCACAAUAACACUGUGUGUAUUCUGAUUGGUAUUAUCAGUUGUAUUUAGAAAAAGGUGAAACUCCAAUAAUUUAAGCAAAAUUUCCCCAAAAAUAUUUGAAAUAAAAAAGGCAAAACUCUAGAGAGGACAUAUGCACAUUCUCCAUCAUGGGUGACUUGGACCCUGAUGUCUUCAAAACCUGUAAUAGUAAAAUAACAAGAUGGAUUGUUUGCUUACUAAAUUAAAAAUUAGCAUUUUGAAAAGUGACAGAAAUAUACACAUUUUGUCUUCUUGGUCCCUUUGUGUUAUGUAUACUCAUUUUAAAGGGGAAUUAAUAAAACUGUUCCUGUUUUCUCUUGCUUAAAGGGACCAAACAGAAUCAAAUGGACAGAAUCUUGCAGUGCCCCCCCCCCUCUACCCCCAUCCCAUGUUGCUGAAAGGGUUAAAACCCAUUCAGUGACUUACCUGAAUCCAGCGCCGAUGUCCCUCGUUGCUGGGUCAGGCUCCGUCCACUCUCCUCCCCCACCGACGUCAGCCGCGCUCGCAUUACGUCCAGCGUUGUUUAAAACACUUUUCGUGUUUUAAGAAGCCGGAAGUCCCUCUAGUGCCUUUCUGAUAGACAGCCUCUAUCCCAUCUUGUGAGAUUCCCUCCAGCACCUCCUCCACCAGAUACAUGAUGCUUGGGAGGUAUGACUGUUAGUGUUUUCUGUCGAUAAGAUUCUGUAAUUAGGCAAUCUUAUUGUGGCCCUGCCUAGAACCCCCUUUUCUUCUUAUAGAAUACUAAUUGUACUUAGGUCACAUAUCCUGUGCUGCUACACCCAAUGCAUAACUAUAACUGUUUUGAUGCGUAUGAUUUGAUUUUGUAUAUACAUAGCCGACAUUGGGGGUGGGUUAUUUUUAUGUUUUACUUUCUACUUAGAUUUCUAAAGUUUCUUUGGUCCCCUGUGACUAGAAGUUUUUUUGGAUGGUCUUUUGUUUUAUAACUAUUUAUUUGAGAGGGUCUUUUUAUUAUUAUUUUUGCAAGCACCAUACCCAUUGCUCAAGCUUCAACUAUAAUUCCUGGGCUCCGUCCCCUCCUUCAUUUUAUGUAUAUGUUUUUGCCACAUACUGAUUAAAAACACCUGUUAGACCCCAUACACAUAUUUGUGGUACUCUGUGUUAACAUUUUAUAUUCUCCUUAUGUCGUCAGUAGGCCUCUUUUAGAAAAUAUUAUCAAACUGUAAUUAGAGUUUCAGUUAUUUGCUUUGGAAACAUGAGCCUAGAAACUUUAACUCCAGAGGAAAAAAUCGAAUCCAACAAUACGCUUACAGAUUGUAUUAAUUAAAACUACAUUAAGACAUAUUUCGAACCAUUCUUUAGUUAUUCUCAUCUCAAAGGGGAUAGGUGUUUGCUAAAAGGUCUUUUUUUUCAACAUGUUCUUUAUAAUGUCUGUAUUUGAUGAGACAUCACUAUAAUAGUAAUUGUUUGGGAGUUUAGUGUGUUUCCCCUAGAGAUUGGAGUUUUGACAGCUCAUUUCAAUGUCCCUUCUCCCCCCAGAGCAGUGCAUCAAAUUUCAGUAAGUGGUAUGUAGCUUGUAGCUCCAUGCAUUCUCCACUUACUCUUCCCCAAGCCAACAGUGCUCUGCUCCUUUUAGGUGAGGAUUCAAUUAUUUUUUCAGUUGGACAUAAGGGCUAAAUUUGAAGCCACUGAACUAGCGGUUCUAUUUGAAAUGGUAACAGAACGUUUCCCGAACAUAGAAAAUGCACCAGAUCAGGGAAUCCCUCUAAUCUAUGUUCAGGGAAAUUUCCCCGAAUGUAGACCAGCUCUCUGAAGUGGGGAAUACCUUGAAUCGCCACGCUAGAGAGCUGGUCAUAAGUGCGAGCCAUCGUAAAACAGGCAGGUCACAAAGUGAGGACCACCUGUAUAUGUAAAUAAAUAGAAGGUAGCAAAUAAAUAAUGCACAUUUUUCAUUCAUUAUUCUCAUUACAUAAAAGCACUAUUACUGUGAAUUGUUGUGACUACAAAAUACAUUUUAUAGAGUGGGGCAAAAUAGCCAAAUUGUAAACUCUAUGCAGCUAUGCAUUCAUUUUGUUUAUUUUGGCCUAAAAUGUAAAAUACACUUUGAACUCCUGACAUUUCACACUUUUGUAAAUAACAGAUUUAAAUUUGAUAUUAUUAAAGUGGCCAUCUAAAUGUGUUUCUGGAUAACAUUUACACUCUUACUAUUAAAUAUGUUGCAUACUUUUAUUAACUAUUAAAGGCACACAUUAAAGGACCACUAUAGGCACCCAGACCAUUUCAGCUUAAUGAAGUGGUCUGGGUGCCAGGUCCAGCUAGGAAUAACCCUUUCUUCUAUAAACAUAGCAGUUUCAGAGAAACUGCUAUGUCUAUAAUAGGGUUAAUCCAGCCUCUAGUGGCUCUCAUUGACAGCCGCUAGAAGCACUUACGCGCUUCUCACUGUGAUUUUCACAGUGAGAAGACGCCAGCGUCCAUAGGAAAGCAUUGUGAAUGCUUUCCUAUGGACUGGCUGCGCGCGCGGCUCGUGCCGUGCAUGCGCAUUCAGCCGAUGACGACGAGAAGGAGGAGAGUCCCCUGCCCGGCGCUGGAAAAAGAGGUAAAUUUAACCCCUUCCGCCCCCUAGAGCCCGGUGGAAGGGGGGCCCUGAGGGUGGGGGCACCCUCAGCAGUGGUGUAUCCUGGUUUUGUGCUGCCCUAGGCAGGACAAAACUCAGGCGCCCCCCUCCCCCCGCGCCACCCCCACCCAACCCUUCCCCCCGCCCCACCUUCUAAAUACACACAGUCAAACACACACACACACAGUCAGAGACACACACAGUCAGACACAAACACACACACAGUCAGACACAAACACACACACAGUCAGACACACACACACACACAGUCAGACACACAGUCAGACACAAACACACACACACAUACACAGUCAGACACACGCACACACACACACUCACAAACACACAGUCAGACACACACACACACAGUCAGAGACACACACAGUCAGACACAAACACACACACAAACACACACACAGUCAGACACACACACACAGUCAGACACAAACACACACACUCACAAACACAGUCAGACACAAACACACACAGUCAGACAAACACACAGUCAGACACAAACACACACAGUCAGACAAACACACAGUCAGACACACACACACACAGUCAGAGACACACACAGUCAGACACAAACACACACACAGUCAGACACAAACACACACACAGUAACACACACACUCACAAACACAGUCAGACACAAACACACACACACACACACUCACAAACACAGUCAGACACACACACACAUUAACUUUUUUUUAAAUUUAAAUUCCCCCCCCCAACCUCCUUACCUCUGGGAGUUCUGGGGGGGGGGGUCUCUCUCCCUGGUGGUCCGGUGGUCUAUUGCCUGCAGGUCGGGCGCAGGCGGACGGCCGGCGAGGGAGCACUUCCUAUGAGCUAUCUGCUCAGCUCCCUCGCGCCGGCUGCAGAGUGAGGCUGGGAGCCGGAAUAUGACGUCAUCUUCCGGCUCCCAGCCUCACUCUGCGGCGCGCGAGGGAGCUGAGCAGUCAGCUCAUAGGAAGUGCUCCCUCGCCGGCCGCCCGCCUGCCAGAGCCGCCCGCCCGCUCGGGAUGUCAGUUAGCCGCAAGGCUAACUAGGCAUUUGCCCUGGGCAUUUGGGGGGCGGCGUUUUUUGCCGCCCCCUGAAAAAUGCCGCCCAAGGCAAAUGCCUUGUUUGCCUCGCGGCUAAUACGCCCCUGACCCUCAGGGCACUAUAGUGCCAGGAAAUAAGUAUUUUUUCCUGGCACUAUAGUGGUCCUUUAACCCCUUAAGGACCAAACUUCUGGAAUAAAAGGGAAUCAUGACAUGUCACACAUGGCAUGUGUCCUUAAGGGAUUAAACAACUACAUUUUUUUUUUUCACAUAUAAGUGUUACUUUAUUGUUUUUUGUUAUUCAAAUUUUUAUUUUCAAAAAGAUAAUACAUUACAACAAUGUUUUCUUGACACAUAUACAUAAGAUCUGUAGAUAACUAUGUUAACAGAGUAGUCAAAUCACAAUGUAGGAUAGAUGAAUAGUUUUUCAAACAACUGUUUAUAAUAGUAAACAAUAGUGAUAAUCAUGUUGCUGGAGUUGAAUAAGGAGGUUUGAAUAUGGUGACACACCUUAGUGUGAAUAUUGCAGUAUCGCUGGUGGGUUCAGGAAAUGGAUAAGUAAUCAAGUAUUUCACUAAGCUUAAAUGUUAGAGGGUGACAAACAUUGUGGGAUCAAAGUGGUUUCCACUAGUACAGAGACAGUGAUGUGGUGAGUCUAGGAGGGCAGGGUGAAGUGUACAUCCUAGAAGUUUGGUCUUGUCAAGGAUUGGCCCAUGGAGUAUUCUAGGGUGUAUGGCUGGUAGACAGGAAAAAGAGGAGGGGGGGAUGGGGGUAGGGUGUGGGAGUCUAGGCGGGAGGCAGAGACUGUGGUAGGACUUCGGUGUAGGCUGUACGCUUGGUUGCCAUAAAGUAAUGCCACGGUUGCCAAAUUUGAGUGAAGGAUUGGAAGUUUUUAGUUUGUGCAUAUGUUAUUUCUUCCAUUUGUCUGAUUUCGUUCACCCUUCCUAUCCAUUCUCUGAUCGAGGGAGUUUGUGUAUGUUUCCAGUACUUAGGUAUGAGGUGGGCGGCUGCCAUAGCCAAAAAACUGAAAAGGGAGGCUUUUUCCCUCCUAAUACUUGGGGGGGGGUAUUAAGAAUAGAUAGUGUAGCGGUGUGAAUGGAAUGGUUUCUUUGAGUAUCAAUUGUGACAUGGUGUGAAUUCUCUUCCAGUAUGAAACUAUCAUUGGGCAUUGCCACCAGACGUGGGAAACAACUACAUUUUAAUCAAAUGGUUUUGAUACAUAGUUGCUGUCCCCUUUCUUUGGCAAUGUAAUACAUUGAUUUCUGAAAAAUUUAAAAGUUCACAUUUGUCUGAUAGACAGCUUCGAGAGGCAAUUCCUCUUUCAGACUUUUGAAAAUGGAAGGUAUUCCUGGCCUAUAGAGCCAGGAGAACAAAUAUGUUUUCCUGGCACUAUAGUGGUCCUUUAAUCCUGCAAUGUAGAAAUUUGCAGUUUUAAAGAUUAGUGAUGUCCUGAACGGUUCGCAGCGAACGGUUCGCCGCGGACUCAUCAUUGAGUAAACUUUGACCCUGUACCUCACAGUCAGCAGACACAUUCCAGCCAAUCAGCAGCAGACCCUCCCUCUCAGACCCUCCCACCUCCUGGACAGCAUCCAUUUUACAUUCAUUGUGAAGCUGCAUUCUUAGUGAGCUGUCCAGGAGGUGGAGGGUCUGGGAGGGAGGGUCUGCUGCUGAUUGGCUGGAAUGUGUCUGCUGACUGUGAGGUACAGGGUCAAAGUUUACUCAAUGAUGAGUCCGUGGCGAACCGUUUGUGGCGAACCGUUCGUGAACCAUUCGGCGAACCGUUCGGGACAUCACUAUUAAAGAUACUGCAAUGUUUAACUUGCAGGAUUUAGACAACCACUGCCAUGUCCGUCAUCCUCACACACAGUACAAUGAUGCCAAAUGCGCCCAAUGCUUCUCAUAGAGAAGAAUUAGUGUUGGCGCUUCUCUAUGAAAAACAUCAAAUUGGUGGAGCUCGGCUAUUUCCAUGCAUAUGAGAAGCUUGGCUUUGAUUGACAUUGUUAAGGAUAGGGUAGCAGUUACCUAGAGGAGGCUGCCUUGAUGCUGGAUUAUGAGUAACUAUUAUAGCUUUUUUCUCCUGCAAUUUUUAAAUAUUAAAGCACGCCCCACGAUCUAAACCGGUAAAGGAAUACUUUAAGUUGAAAAAGAAAUGUUUAUUUUUAAACUUAUCGUGUUCUUUUAAACAGAUACUUUGGUAAAUAAUUGUACUUAUCUACAGGAAGCCAAAGGGAAUGUUGGAAAAACACAGGCUAAUCAUCAUAUCUUUUUUUUUUAAUAUUAUUAUUUUAUUUGGGAAAAUAUUUCCUGACAUUAUUUCUCAAAAUAAUAAUGUAUAGUAGAUGUAAGAGGAAGCAAGCCUUUCAACCACAGCUGGUCCCUCUCAGGUGGAUGGAACACACGAUAGUAAUGUAUGGUAUUUAAAGUAACAUUUAUUGCAUCCUUGCAGGGAUGGAAUACUCACUUUUAGCCUUUCUAUAGAGUUUGUGAAAUUUACACCCAGUUUCAGACACUACUCUUACUGUUUCUGUCUGUAUUAAGCCUUGCUUUUAUAGCUACCCACCGCGUUUGACUUUCCAUUCUUUUUUUCAUUGUGUGCUUUUUAUCUGUCUGGAUAGUUUCUCUUAUCCGACCUGUCAUUCCUGGUUAUUGACCCUCAACAAAUUCUAGCUUGCUUGAACUUUUGUCAGGAUUGAGUUAUGACCUUGACCCCUUAAGGACCAAACUUCUGGAAUAAAAGGGAAUCAUGACAUGUCACACAUGUCAUGUGUCCUUAAGGGGUUAAAGAACUUUUAUUUUUUUUAUUGUUUAUUUUUUUGGGUUAUUACACUGGUCAUGAAAUAAUUCAGCCACUGGGCAAUUUAUGACUUUCAAAAUCCAAUGCGGCCAUUAUUUUGUGAAGUGAAUACGAUUAUGGACCUUUUCCUCCGAUGCUUUGUUAUAAUGCAUUUUUAAGUUAUAUUUUAAAGAACUUUUGAACUUUUCACACCCAUAAUGAGCAAACACGAUUCUUCUCUCUUCUAGUGAUGAAUUAAUAAGUGGGAAGAGGGCUAGGUUGUUAAAGGUUGAUGAUUCACACCAAUUCUUAACAAUAUCCUCUAAUUGGAAGUUCGUUUGAAGUUACUGUUAUUUUGGGUGUGGUAGAGGUUGGUCUAAAAUUAGGUUUAAUUUGAACGAUAAAUGUCUGUUUAUUGUCUUCCAUGGUGCCUCCAUGAUUUAACGAGGGGAAGCCUCUGGUUGGUGACUCACCAAUGAGUCCUUCGCGUUUACUCUCUACAAGUAAUAGUUACCAAAGGAAGAGUAUGGAGUCACUCACAAUGUCUUUUCCAGAAAAUAAUCCUUUCCAGAAAGGAUACAUGAUUGCAUUGAUAUUAUUAAUAUUAUUAUUUUAUUAUCUAUACAGCGUCAGCAAAAUUCUGUAGCGCUGUACAAUAGGUACCUUUAUAUUUAUAAUAUGCUGGUAUCGCACCCAGGCAAAAAAUGACAUUGACUUUCAAGGAUAGUGACAAACUGUAUAUGUAAUGUAUUUAUGUGUGUGCAUAUUCUAAUAGUAUAGUGCAGGCGUAGGCAACCUUUUGCACUCCAGAUGUUGUGGGCUACAUCUCCCCUGAUGCUUUACCAGCAUUAUAGGAGAUGUAGUACUCAACAUCUAGAGUGCAGAAGGUUGCUAAUGUAGUGGUCAUGGUGUCUAUAGCCUGUCCAUGCAGCCUUUUAAAUGGUAACACUGCUUUUUCAGAUUCAAUACAUCUCUAUGGGGAGGUGCUGAUUACCACAGCCCAGCAUUUUGUAUGGGAAAGCAUUGGAUUGGCUGAAAUCAUCAAGAUUGCUGAUCUUAGCCAUGCAGACAGGACCAGCCGUGGUGAGACAGCGUAGUGAGGGGGGAAAGCUAAAUUGAUAUACCUUUUUAAUUUACAGAGAGGUGGGCUGGUCACCUAAACAGCCACUCCAGCACUAUAGUGUUAGGAAUACAUAUCUGUGUUUCUCACGUUAUAGUGUUCCUUUAAACCUGUGUUCACCUAUUUAGAAACAAGAGUUCAUUUUUAAGAUGGGAAAAUCACAUUAUUACAAAUUGUGCCAAGUUACAGCCUACAAGCUGUCUUAUAGUAUACCUUAACAGUACACCUUGAACUUGAAAAACAACAAGAUAUAUAUGUAUAUAGUUUAGGAUUUCUAUACAUAGGUAUAUAUCCUAUAAAUUCUCUUUAUACUGUGUAACUGGAACUGCACUGUCUAUUUCAGGAUACAAAUAAUGAAAAAAAAAUUGAUUAUUCAAUGCAAUGUCCACACAUUAAGGUUUUGUAGGGUUUUAUGCAGUAAAUCACGGUUUGACUAAGGCUUCAUGUACAAAGAUUGUGGAUAUAUUAGGCAUGAGAUAAUUUAAGCAUUCCACGGGACCCAAGGAAAUUUUGUUACAAGAAAAUGGUUCCAAGAUCAGAGGUGCUUUGGAAAGGAAUCCACUAUAUUUCCUUUGGAUGGUAAAAUGAUGUGUCUUUCCUUGUUUCUUAGAACCCUUGCUUUGCUGCGUGUGCAUGUGUUGAACAUCUGCACACACUUUAUCACACAAGUUGAUGUAGAGUCGAGUUGUGCUAGGGUUGCAUGAUUCAGAACAAUCUGUUACAUAGAUGUGGCAGAAAUUCUAAACAAUUUAUCUAAGGAGGAAAAAUAAGAUCCCUAAAAGCUUAAAAGGAAUAAAAAUAUCUUGUGUACUUGUACUCCUGGUUGUGGAGUUGUCAAAAUUAAAAUUUCCAUCAUAUAUUUAUUUUUCUGAAUCGGUUUAAACAAAUGGUAAGAGACUCCUUUGCAGAUUAUGUGCACAGAAUUCAAAUCAUUAUACGUGCAGUUAAAGGCAAGUUUUGGCGUUCAAAGCCUGCAUGGUGGUGUUUUGGCAUUCGCUGUAAUGGAAUUAUUUUGUAAUUCUGUUAUAACUUUGUACUUGAACUUUGACAUUUUAGUGAUCUCUUUGUUUUUAUUCUUGUUUUUCCUAGGGCCAAUAUUUUUUAGGAACUUUAUUGAAAUUGCCAAUCCUGUAGGUCAGUGCCAUACAGGAUAAGAAUGUUAUCAUCAUUGCAGUAUAUUCAAUAUAAACAGUUUCUGCACCUCCAAGGUACACAUUUGCUGAUAUUCCCUGAUAUUCAGAAAUUGAGAUGGCAAAAAUGAUUUAACAGGACCUUAAACCCCAAGAAUCCCAAGGGUUUGUACUAUCAUAUUUACGUACGAUAGUACAUAUUUUUCCCCUAUAUUUAACAAAUGUGUAUUUUUGAGGUGUGAAAAAUAAACUAAAAUGUAAAAAUUAUCCCCUACUUAUUUGCAGAUUACUAAUAUUGGUCUUCCCAAAAGCCAUACUGCACCCCUACAGUCUGUAAUGAACGCUGCUGCUAGACUGAUUUUCCUCUCUAGUCGGUUCUCUCACACCUCACCCCUCUGCCAGUCCUUACAUUGGCUUCCUGUGUGCUAUAGGAGUCAAUUCAAGGCACUAACUCACACCUAUAAAGCACUGAACAACUCUAGCCCCUCUUAUAUCUCCUCACUGAUCCACAGGUAUGUCCCUUCUCGGUCUCUCCGCUCUGCCCGUGACCACCUCCUGUCCGUUGUCCGCACCCGUACGGCCAACUCGCGCUUGCAGGACUUCUCGCUGGCGGCUCCCUUCCUAUGGAAUAGCCUGCCUACCGCCAUCCGACUCUCCGCUAGUCUUGCAUCUUUUAAGAAGUGCCUUAAAACCCAUCUCUUUAGGAAAGCUUAUGGCCUCCAAGACUAACCCCUACCUCACAUACCCGUCUCUUGCCCUCUCCUAAAGGGCAGCCCACCUUAUUUGAUUGCAAAUUCCUGUCCUAAUGUGUUUUACACCCCACCUCCUAUAGACUGUAAACUCGAUUGAGCAGGGUCCUCUUCAACCUAUUGUUCCUGCAAGUUUAUUUGUAAUUGUCCUAUUUAUAGUUAAAUCCCCUCUCAUAAUAUUGUAAAGCGCUACGGAAUCUGUUGGCGCUAUAUAAAUGGCAAUAAUAAAUAAAUAAAAAUAAAUAAUAUAACUCAGGUGCUCAACUUCCAUUUCUGUUAGAUUUAUAAAACUCCAUAUACAAAUGUUAACUGUACUCAUGCCAGUAUUAUUCCCUGUGUCAUCCCUAUCAAAGGGGUGGCAUGCUUAUGUUAGCACAGGAGUCUCACUAAUCAGGUUCAUGCACAUGGAUUUGCACGCUGCCUCCUGCUGUCGCGCUCACACAAAAGCAAAGUUUUAGAAAUCCACAGUAUGAGGGUCAUAUAGAACGUUGAGUAGCAGACAUACAAACUGUGGCGGACAACAACAGAUAGAUAGAGUGGGUACAGUAGGAGAAAACCCUGUGUAAAUCUCACAAUGUAAGAUUUGGAGGGAAAACCAAAAGAAAAAGAUGGUACAGGUAUAAUAAGAAAAUAAAAAUCAGCAAAGUGUUAGUAAGAGGGUAAAAGGAGCACAGGAACAGAAAAAUGAUGAAACUGGGAAGGUCAUGGAAGGGAAAGACGCAAAGGGUGGGUAUUAACAUGUAUAUGAAGUAAAAAAAGAAAAAAUCCCAGGAGGAUAACCAAAGGGGGCCUGCAUACUGUUUUUAUUGUUGUAGCCGUAGAGAAGUUUUAUUAGGAAGGUACAAACAUUUUUUAUAGGCUAGUGUAAAAAUUGCAGCAUAGAGUCUCUUUGGGCUUACUGGCUCCCUCCCUGUCAUGGAAUCCUAUGUUUAUUGCAUGUAAGAGGCCUCUUCUGUUGCUGUAUGCUGAGGAAAAAAAUAACAGUUUUGAUUUAUGAGAGAAGCCUGCAGGAGAGCAGAUGACAAAUAGUGCAGUGAAUGACAGAUUGCUUAUACUGAUUUCCUUUAAAUGAAGUAUUUGCAUUUUUUUUCUUAAUACUUUGCACAGCAGUACAUGACCAGUUCUUAUUUACUUACUAUACUAAUGUAUUCCACUAGUGAUAACGUUUGUUUGACAGGCUCACGGAGAUAAGUUCUAGAGAAUUCAGAGUUGGUACCUAACGUCCAUAAAACAAGGGUAAAACUCUUCAAGGGUAAAUAGAUAUAUUAGUAUAUCGGCUUUUGUGAUAGCAUAGUUAUAACAUGAUGAUGAUCCUUUCCUUUUUUUCAAUGGCUGUAAUUUUUUAUUCGCUAAAGAUCUUGUGCAAUUCCUAUUUUAUGGAAAAUUCGCUGUUUUUGAUUUUAAAUUAUUUACUGUAACAAUUUUCUAAAUAAUGUGUGUGUUUUACGGCAGCAGAAUUUUUGUCAAGCCACUGCAAAUUAAGAUGUACUUUUAACAGCACAAUCCUACCUACCUAAAGACCUUGUGCUUGUCUUAUAAGAAACACUUUAUUUUUUUUUAAUUCUUUAUUUUUGUUUCAACAUCAAGUGCAGCUUAAUUACAUGUAGUGGCCCGCGCAGGGGCCUUUCAUCAACAUAUAAUACAAUUCUUUGUACAUAGAAUAGGUGAAGGUGUAUCAGGUAUACUGGUUUUAAUGUGCCGCUCGGUGUUGUUUUUCAAUUUUUAGGGCCUUUCAGGUCCCUAUGUCAAACAUGAACAAAAAAUUUUCCAUACAAUGUGCUAUACGUUUAUGUAGCAUAUGAAACCAUAAACCAUUCCGCCCGGCAGGUUCAUCGUAAUUGUGGUUGUCAGUGUAACACUCAUAGUGGUUCUUACUGUUGUGCUCCUUAUGUGUUCGCUAAUGCGUCGGAUUUGUUUCGUGCUGUAUUGGCAGCGGACUUCUUGCAUGUCCGUCCCCUAAGGUUAUGUCCGUCUAGGUCCGAGUUGGGUGCUCUCCCAACGUGAACAAUAAGGAGCCUCAGGGACCCCCUCCCGCCCGGCUCUGGAAUGGGGAAAGGGUUAAAAACGUACCUUUUUCCAGCGCUGGGCGGAGAGCUCUCCUUCUUCUCUCCUCCUCCGAUCCUCCUCCUGGGCUGAAUGCGCACGCACGGCAAGAGCUGCGCGCGCAUUCAGCCCGUCGCAUAGGAAAUCAUUUACAAUGCUUUCCUAUGGACGCUUGCGUGCUCUCACUGUGAAAAUCACAGUGAGAAGCACGCAAGCGCCUCUAGUGGCUGUCAAUGAGACAGCCACUAGAGGAUUAGGGGGAAGGCUUAACCCAUUCAUAAACAUAGCAGUUUCUCUGAAACUGCUAUGUUUAUAAAAAAUGGGUUAACCCUAGAAGGACCUGGCACCCAGACCACUUCAUUAAGCUGAAGUGGUCUGGGUGCCUAGAGUGGUCCUUUAAGUUACUGAUUAACUUAUAAAUGAACAGACCUGUGCCAUUGAAGGUAAAAAUAGUAUAAUUCUUACCUUAAAGGCUACUAUAAAGAUGGCAGAUAUAUAUUUUAUGUAUGUUUAGAUUGUAGAUUUUCUUUGAAAAUUUAGACAUUCUCCCAACUCUAUAUUUAAAAGAAGACAAACUACCACAGCAAAAGGACAUAGUCUUAAAAUAUAGGGGCAAAGGUUUAAACAUAAUUUCAGUAUUACUUUACUGAGAGGGUAGUGGCUGCACGGAAUAGCCUUGCAGCUGAAGUGGUAGAGGUUAACACAGUAAAGGAGUUUAAGCAUGCGUGGGAUAGGCAUAAGGCUAUCCUAACUAUAAGAUAAGGCUAGGGACUAAUGAAAGUAUUUAGAAAAUUGGGCAGACUAGAUGGGCUGAAUGGUUCUUAUCUGCCGUCACAUUCUAUGUUUCUAUGUUACUGGUGAUUGAAUGUUCUAAAAUACACAGUGGGCAUAUAUUCAGAUUAAUACAUAUACCAGAAUUAUGCUAGGUAAAAUCUUUUAGUUACUAUUCUUCAGCUUUUCCAUUUUAAUCCUUUUUGAAAUGAUUAAAAAUUGAUAUUAUGCAAACCUCUUGGCUUUUUCCGUAUAUAGGCUGUAGCACAAAACAAGCGAAUUGUUGUGAGGCAUAAAGAACAUUUAUUCUUCAAUCUUCCGACUUGUUUUCAAAAUCCUGAGAAAUGGAUGGACAAUGAAAGUAACAGAAAAAAAUGCUUUAAGCACCAAUUUACGUUAAACGGUUUAUACUAAUGUAAAUUGACAGUAUUUUGGACUCUGCUGUAUUUUUCUUUUUGUGGGUUUGUUUUAAAUCGGCAUGUGGUAUUUGUGGUACUGAUGACUUUUAAUCAGACUUCAUAAUUCAGUGACACAUUUGUCUUAGACACCCUCUCCUCUAUUCAAGUAUCUGUCAAGCAGCCUUCAUUGUAAAUGACCUGCACACUUACAGAUCUUUACACUUACUCAGCCUGGUGCCCGGUACAUGUUCUCUGGUUUUAACCCAUAGAUAACUGUAGAUGGAAAACUGUUGUAAGAGAAGUCGUUCUUUCUUCAUCUUCCUUUUUAAACAAUGCAAAGUAUAUUUGUAUAAAUGUAAAGGUAUUUGUCCUGGGAGGUGAAUUUUUGUAACAUGUUUUUAAGAUUUCUGCUUUGGGGAGGGAGGGGGAUAUUGCAACAUAUUCAAGCAGCCUCCUUCCAUUGCAAGUGAAUUAAAUGAAAGUUUUCUACGAUAGGAGAGAGAUCCAGAUGGAUAUUGCACCAUGUUUACAUGCCAUCUUGAGGGCUCAGUUUGUGCUAUAGGUUGAUGCUUGUAUGUUUCCUAUAAAGUGCCAAUGAUGUAUUGAAAUUAAUUGCAUAAAAAAAAAACCAUUCUUUGCUACUUAUUGCAUUUUUGUCUAUGUCCCAUUGGUGCCUUUUGUUUUUUUUUAAUUUAUGCACAGUGUGUUUAAAAAUAACUUAAAGGGGAAAUGUCACUUCUGAGGACAUUUAAUAUUAUGUCUGCUCAUACAAAUCUGUGUUUGUGAGGUUUUAAAAAUAAAAUUAAGUGUAGCGAUCCGCAGUACUUUGUGUUACUCCCUUUUGACUUCCUGUUAAUUAUGAUUUUAAGCUCCGCCCAUUUUUGUCAUUGAACUAGUAAGGGCAAUAGAAGUACAAAUGAUGUUCUUGUUACUCUCCCUUCAAUGUAAUGUGUGCCCUGGCUGUACCAAGACUGACCUUUGGCCCUGAUGUCAAAUGCCAAAUAUUUAACAUACAUUUAAAAGAAAGAAAACGCAGCAUCACAUAAAGAUUGACAUGAGUUAUAGAUGAUUUUCAAUGUCCUUCUUCUUAAUUUUAUCUUAAUUUACACAAUAUUUCACACAGUCUUAUUUUCUGUCAGUGUUCUUACAAGGUAGGCACUACAUCUGCUGUGAGGUGUGCUUGUUAGUCCUCGUUAAAGUCAGGGGUGCCUACUUCUAGCUAUCUCUGGACUUCAAAUUAAUUUGCAUCACAUAUAUGUCUAUAUUGUUUUAGAAGGCGGUUUUGCUGAAUGUCAGAAUAAAGUUAUAUCCAUUGGCUUCAAUAGCAAGCAUCACCAGCAGUUGAAAUAAACACUUUCUCGCCCAGUUUCAAAACCUCCUACUCUCCCUCUAGCUGGUACACAAAAUAAGAGUAACUCUAGAAAUAUAAUCAAACUGUGAGGGCCAGGAUGUUCUGUACUUACAUAAACACAUACAAGUAUCCAUAGGCGUGCACAGCCUAUUGCAUUAGGGUGUGCACCCUAAAGCACAAGCACACGCUGCAUAUAUAUAUAUAUGACAGAAAUAUGUACAAGGUGCACUCACAGGUCUUAGUAAGUAGUUUAGUUUAUUCGCUGGUGCAAAUGACAUAUGCAAAAAAAAAAAAUCAGUGAUCAACGUUUCGACCCUUAUAGGGCCUUUUUUUCUCUCUCCCUUCCCCUCUUCCCAACCUCCCCACCUGGUCUGGGGGCUCUAAGGGCAAGUCUCUCCCCCUCUUUUUCACACUCUCCCCAUCCCUCUCUACCCUUUUUCUCUCUCCCUUUCUCAUCCUCUCUCUUCUCCAUUCCUCUCCUUCUUCCCCACCUCUUCCUUUCUUUCUUUCCAUUCGCCUUACUCUCUCCCCGAUUUCUAUUUCUCUCCCUUCUCUUCUGAUCUCACCCUACUGACAGACUACAGGAGGAAUCCACCUCUAACAUACACCCACACAUACGCACUCCCUGAAACAGGCGAACCCCCUCAACAGUCAAAAGUCAAUCGACCAAUAAAAUGAUGGCACGCUUUCCUUGCAAACGGUACCGUCAGAUGGCAUUACCUUCCUGAACCAACCUGGUACCCGAUUUCACGUAAGGUCCAAUACCCUGGCCACUCCUACAGCCCAUGAAGGAGCCAGGACAGGUGGACCUAGCUCUCUCACUACCUGAGAGACUCCCACUGAACACCAGACCACACAACAAUGGUAUUGACAUGCUGAUGAAAACUGUAUCUAUUGUGUCAAGUUAACAGACAACUUGACUGAAGUUAUGACCUUUUAUCUAUAAUUCAUUGCUUUUCCUUUCUGUACGACUGUCUUAUCAAAAACCAUAAAUAAAGAAUCUUUAAAAAAAAAAAAAAGUAUCAUUGCAUUCUGCAGUACUCUGGUAUUUUGGUAUCUUGUCUACUGGACUAAUACAGCCAUUCACAUCUACAUUGUAAAUGUAUAUGACGUAUAUGUGUGUGUAAUAUUACAUUCAGCUGUUUUAGUCAAAGCAGUAUUGUGCCGAGCUGUGUUAGGUAAGGUGGCCAGCUUUUCUUUAACUUUAAGGUAUGGUUUAUAUAACUCUCCAGGGAAGCAUUAUUUUAAUACGGCCCUCUGGUAUACAUUUUUCAUCACCAUCCCGCAUUAAAGAGGACAUCUGUUCACCCUAGUGUUAGGGGAUUGCUGAUCUCAUUUAUUAGCUUCUAUUUCCUCUUUCAGUUCUAGGUUUUUAGGUUUACUAAAAGCAUCCUCGGAUUGUUUGCAUCUGCUUUGAAAUCUGUCCAAAAAAAAAAAAAAAGAAAUCUAUCUUAGAUUGUAAGCUCUUUUUGAGCAGGGAAAUUAUCAGCUCUUGUAUCUGUCAACGUUUGUCUGUCAAUCACUUGCUGCUAUAUCCCCACUGUAUAGCUGUAAAGCACUGCAGAAUGUGCUAGUUCUAUAUAAAUGUUUAUAAUAAUAAAAAAAAUAUUUCACACUCGAUCUUGUAUUGGAAAUCUGGUAACACAACAAUUGAAAUCACCAUGUAAUUUCACCAUCAUGGUAAUUGAGAAACACAAAAAAAACCAAAAGGCACAAUGACUAUUUAGAGAAGGAUUCCCCUUACUGUUGCUGUUUCAGCUGUGUUUGCUCUUAGAAUAGGUGCUGGCGCUGUUCCCCCUUUGGAACGACCCCCAAUGUGACAUCCCCACUCGGGGGGAAGAGGCCCACCAUCUUCUUCCUUCAGGUUCUGACAAUUCCCCUGCCAGGAGUCGUGUCAGUGCUAUAUUUGGCGCAUUUGCAAAUGUGAGAAUGCAACCAUAGUUGUCUCCGUAAACUGAAUAACAAUUCCGUCAUAACUGCUUCGGAAUUGACAAAACUUAAUGGAAGCUUUGCCUUUUGUCAGGUUUUGUCAACCCACAGGCUUUACCACAACACAAAAUAGUCCCUAAUUUGUCUUAUGAUAUCUUUUGACUGCCUUGAAAUUUCAAUGAAAUUCUAACACAGUCACUGUGAGUAUUUCAUAAACAGUAUGUAGAGGCCCCAUAAUCCAUUAUUCAUUUGCAAUAUUUAUGAAGUACACUAUUUUUGGUGAGGUGACAGAGCUUCUUGAAGAGAUGAAACAGAGAAACAAUACAUUUUGUCCCUUUGGUAAUGUAAUUUUUAAUUGAGAUAGAGUUACAUUAAAGCUGUGGUGACAUAACCUUUUUAUUUAAUAUUCGAAGCAUCUUAUGAUGUUGCAAUCUAGCAGAGUGUAAUGCUUUGCAAAAGGUUUCUAACCAACCAUACAUCAUUCUAGUUCACAUGUCUUCCCAGAAAUCUGCAUAAUUAUCAAGAAGACGAUGACAGAUCUUAACAAGAUUCAUUAUUUAUAGUAUGAGCUGUAAACAUUGUUUGAAUGUGAAUACUUCCAAAAGAGCGGUUGUGCGAAUUAAUUGCAGCAUUAUACACUAAUAGGAAAACUUAUGUUAUGAGUUCUUAGAAUUUGAACACCAUAUAAAGUUAACUAGGAGAAUUAUAAAGAAAAUCCAAAUCCCCGGGGGUCUGUAGAAUUGGCCAUAAUGUAGAGUAAUGAUGUUGUUCUACAGUCCUAAAAGUGGAGUAAUUGUGUUGUAAAAUAUUCAAAUCAGAAUGAGCAUUUUGUGACUAGUGAUCAUUAUUUGAAUUGUAGACACAUUGUGGUUUUUACAAAACACUAACAAGCCAUCCAGAAUAAAACUAUGAAUUAAAACGCGUCAGUUAUGUAUUAAUUCAUAUGGGAUUUUUUCUGCGCUUAAUACCUAAUUUCUCCAAAAGUAUUUUCUACAUUUAACAUAAAACUCUGAACUUCUGUCAGUAUUCUUUUUUUUUGUGUACGAGUACUACUGGCCCUAUAACCACUUAAGGACCAAACUUCUGGAAUAAAAGGGAAUCAUGACACAUGUCAUGUGUCCUUAAGGGGUUACUAGUUUUGCUAUGUUGGUAUUGAAAGACUCAUUGUUAUUCUAUUGACAUACACCUUAGAGCAGGGGUGCCUAAAAGGUAGAUGCCCUGGUAUUUUAAAGCUACAUCUUCCAUGAUGCUUUGCCAUUCCAAAGCAUUGUAAAGGAUGCAAAGCAUCAUGGGAUUUGUAGUUCCACAACAUCUGUGCAUCUACCUUUUUUACAGCCCUGCCUUAGUGUAGAUAUCGGAGAGUGUGCCACUGUAAAUGUAAUCAUUUCCCUGUGUUUCUGCUAGGUCCGAUACCUGAAAUGCUAUGUGUGCUGUCACCGGUAACGGAAUCUCACCCAGUCCAAGCAUUACUGGAAAGUUUUACGGUUUUGUCUGGUUGUGCGAGUAAAGGAACAGAAAGCCAUCCGCAAGAGGUGCACAUCAUAAAUCUGAAAUGUGCAGUGGAAGACCUCUGUCAAAAUGAAAAACAUGUGAGUAUGAUUUACCAUAUAAUCUGCACAGCAAUGUUUCCUGUAACGAACCUAUUGGCUUCUUCCAUUGUUCUCAUACGCCACUGUAUAAGCUAUGUUUUUCCCGGUUACAGAUAGAAUAUCCUGCAUUGUUUUUAGAGAACUCUACAUAACUCAAGAUCUCAGCUCUUGUAGGGUUAAGAUAAAUGGAUCUUCGAACAGUACAUUAUUCAAAACAAUGUGGUACAAAUUAUCAUUUCUGCCGCAGGCUUCAGGCCACAAUUGUUAUAAACAAAUAUUUAAGUUCAAAUUCUUUCACCCAUGCGAUGCAUAUUUAAGUUCCAUCUUAUAGAGAUUGCAUUUUUCUGUCAUUAUGAUGCUGACUACAGCAGUUUCAUAAGUGAAGAAUAAUUACUCAUUUAAACAAGGUUCACAGAGGGAGGGUAGGAAAGAAUUUUAUUAUGACUUUAAGAAAAAGAAAAUAGAUUUUAUUGACUGCUAAUGUUUUGAGCUAUUUUUAUAAAGGUGGGUAUCCAUCAAAAGCCUGUUGCCAUGUUAAUAUCAUUCAUGGGAGACUUGUUUAUUUAACUAUAAACAUUUCUAGCAAUACAUUAAAUCCUGUUUUGCAUGUUAAUUUGCUUUAAGACUUUAAUAAUUUAAUGAUAUACUUAAGUGUGUGAUAAAACUCUGUAGGCAAAAGACCCCGUCUCCUAAACAUGUUUAUGAUUUGCCUUUAGAGAUUUUAUAGAACUUUACUUUUUUCCUUCUUUUAAAACUUCAUCUUGACUCCUUAAAAAAAAUACAUGUCUGGCUUCAUGGUUCUUGAAUUACCCCUGAAUUAUGAUACAAGCUAUUGCAGUGAACCCUCAUUGGUUUGUACACAAAUAUUGUAUUCAUUUACCCCACAAGAACAAUUUACUGCAUCUUCACUACCUCCCCAUCACAUUGGAAACACCAGUGACACCGGAUCCAAGUAAGUAAAAGAAAGAAGAAGCAGGUAAAUAUGAAAAUUAAAAAAAAAUCAUAUUUACCUGCUUUUUUCAUCCUGGAGAGUGAGGCAACUUCCUCAUUCAUAGCCAGGACUGCCAUCAAAGAGGUACAGCCAAUAUGGCUGCGUGAGGUCCGGAGGGCCCCACAUUCAUAAAAUGCACAUAUAUUGCAAUUAUCACUGCGGUCCCCCCUUGUCACUGGCUGCAUGUAUAGUGAAGAGGUGGCCCAGCAAAUGCCACCUUCAGCUUCCGGCAGGUCCUCUCUUCAACUCUUGCAAGCCCGGCUGUCAAAAUGUAGUCACGGGUUACCACACAUGCUGGGCUCGUGAGAGAGGGAGAGGACCUGCCGGAAGCUGAAGGUAGUGUUUGUUGGGCCCCCUCUUCCCUACACACAGAUAAUAGGCAGGGAGUGGUUGAUAAAAUGAAAUUUAUUUUGUAAUUUAAAAAAACACAAAACAUUUUGCCCUCAGAAUGCAGCCAUUAUCUACCCCCUCUCACAGUGCAUCCACGACACACACACCAAUCCAAUUUACACACAUUGCAUCCACUACACACACUCCAUCUACUAUGCACACUGCAUCCACUAUGCAUGCACUCUAGUCCAAUUUACAUAAUAUGCAUCCACUACACACUGCAUCCACCAUACAAACACACACUGCAUUAACUACACAAACACAUUACAUCCACUGCAUCCACUAUACACAAACUUCAUCCACUACACAACACACACUGCAUCCAUUAUCCACACUCUUUGCACCCACUAUACAAAACACACACUGCAUCUGCAAUAAACACACACACACUGCACUUGGGCAGACUAGAUGGGCCGAAUGGUUCUUAUCUGUAGUCACAUUCUAUGUUUCUAUCCACUAUACACACACAAACUGCAUACACUAUACAUACUGCAUCAACUGACACACAAUAUCUGCAUCCACUGUACACAUACUAUAUCUGCUACACACACAGCAUCCUUGUGGGCAGACUCGGUGAUGGCCCAGGGCCCAGACCUUGAGCUGCGUAAGGGGUCCCAAGAUUUCUGACUUCAACCCUGUUCAUAGCUAAUGUUUUUGAAUGAGACAUUUGUCUCAAAGUGAUGUAUGUCCAUUUAAAGGACCACUAUAGUCACCCAGACCACUUCAGCUCAAUGAAGUGGUCUGGGUGCCAGGUGCCCCAGGUUUUAACCCUUCAGAUGUAAACAUAGCAGUUUCAGAGAAACUGCUAUGUUUACAUUGCAGGGUUAAUCCAGCCUCUAGUGGCUGUCUUCCUUCCUCCGCUAGAGGCGCUUCUGCGAUGCUGAAUGCGAAAAUCGCAUUCAGAAAUGCUUUCCUGUGGGCAUUUUUAAUGCGCUCACGGCUCUGGCUGUGCAUCCGCAUCAGCUCCAGUCGGGAGUUUACAUCGGAGUGGGAGAAGAGGUCACCAGCGCCGAGGGAGCCCGGCACUGGAUUAAAGUAAGUAGCUGAAGGGGUUUUAACCCCUUCAGCCCAGUGGGAGGGGGGCCCUGAGGGUGGGGGGGGACCUAAGGGUUACAUAGUGUCAGGAAAACGAGUUUGUUUUCCUGACACUAUAGUGAUCCUUUAAUGUUAUAAUUUGGGUCUUCCUAAAAAUAACUACCAAAAAAAUCCAACAUGCAUUUAAAUUCUUCAAAGUUUCACUCCUGCUCUAUUACUAUCUGAUUUCGAUAAGACUAUGUCAAAUUAAAGUUAUGGGAGAGAAUUAACCGAACAUGUUUAAAAUGUUACCUGGCAUAUAUGAAAAUCAGCGCAGGAAUUGCUUUUUGAACUUCAGCAUGUGUACUCUGGAGGAGAGAAGGCAAAGUUUGCUAUAUUUUUUUAAUAUAUGUUUCCUUAACAUUAACGAAGACUAAAGUAUACGUUUUAUUGACUGAAAAGCUGGCAACAGGCUAUUUUGCUCUCCCAUAGGCUUUCAGUGGGAGGACCAGGAUUUCCUGAGAGAGCACGUCCAUUUCCUGGCCCCUGCAGUCAUCACUGUUGAAAAAUAUCUGUUUAUUGGGAUCUAUUAUAUUUUAUUUAAAGUUAAAUGCAUUUUCUUCCCCAAGUCUCCACUUUUAAUAAGCAAAUUUAAAAUUUCAAACUUUUUAAAUUUUUUAUUUUUGCAUCAAUGCUUUAUAGGACACUAAUUUAGUGAAUUGUUCUUUUCCAGUGCAUAAUCGAGCUAGACAUUUUUUAUUUUUAGUGCUAUGGCAAUAUGCCAUUUAAACUUUUAUUUUUUAAUUCUUGUGCACUUUUAGGCAAAACAAUUACUUUUUUUCUCUUCUAUUCAACUGUUUUUUUAAGAAAUCCCCGAUCUGUCAUUAUUGUGUCACUUUUUCCUGUAUAAAGUAAUAUACCCUUUGUACAAUCUUCUUGCAUGAAAAAUAGUCUUUUGUUAUAAACAACCCAUGUCCAGAUUUCUCUCUUUUUGUGUUUGUCAGAGUAAGAGUAUUGUUCUUGUGCACUCCAGAGACAUUCACUAAGCAUCACAAACUCCUCCUUUUCCUUGUAACAAAAUACUUUCGAAAAAGAUUAUCAAACCAUUCUAAAAGCUGGAGAAGGGUUAGCUGUUGAUUAGCAAUGCAACAACUAAAUAACAGAGUUUUAAACAAAGCAGAUAGUGGUUAUCUUUACCAUCAUUGCAAAAGUUAACACACUCAGUGACCUUUUGGUUUGGAAAGAAAUCAAUCCAACUCAUGUUAAAAGCAGAUAAGUAGUUUCCUGAUUGUCUACUGGCACUCCAAGUUUGGACAGUACAUGAUGUGUUUACAGCUGAAUACCUUGAUCUAUUCCUGGACUGCAAAUAUAUUCUGUUUUCUUUGGGCGCAAGGCACUCUGUUUUAGCACUGUCUCAAAAUUAUAGUAUGGUUGAAGCAGUGCACACAUUUUAUUGGACAUUUUAUGUUGUUUUUUUAUAGGGUUUUUUUUUUAAUUGCUAAAUAUGCUAAAUAGUGAUGUCCCGAACGGUUUGCCGCGGACGGCGAUGGCGAACAUAUGCGCUGUUCGGUCCACCCCCUAUUCGUCAUCAUUGAGUAAACUUUGACCCUGUACCUCACAGUCAGCAGACACAUUCCAGCCAAUCAACAGCAGACCCUCCCUCCCAGACCCUUCCACCUCCUGGACAGCAUCCAUUUUACAUUAAUUGUGAAGCUGCAUUCUUAAUGAGCUGUUCGGCGAACCGUUCGGGACAUCACUAAUGCUAAAUAUAUUUGAGCUAUAAAAAUAAUAAAGUAUGAAAGUGGCUUUCCAUCUAUUACAAGAAAUCAAUACUUUUGUUUGAUUGUCAUGUUACGUGUAUGUUUUAUUCUUUGUCUAUCUAUUUUGUGUGUUACAGUGCACUGGAAGGGGCUGUGUCAUCGAUAAUGUUUGCACAAUCUAUUACUUAUGUGGCUCUCAGAUCUGUACCCAAGUUCCCACGUUGUCUGUUUCUAAUUGCAACAUUAACCCAGCUCUUUCAGCCUGUUAUUGCUGCCCAAAGUUGAGCAUGCUAAUGUUGAAGUAAAAUUGGGAAAUUACUCGAAAUUGCUUGUGUUGUCGGGAUUAUGGUUCUUAGGGAGCUAUUGAACUCAGACAGGUUGAUUACAUUUGUUUAAAUGAUGAUUACAAGUUUGAUAUUAAUUGACAUCAAGUGAUGCUUACAUGUAAGACAAAUACUCAAAAAACCCAAAAUCAAAUAAAUAAUAAACAGAUUACAAUCAAUCUUUCUAAAUGGAAAUAUAGUUACUUAGGAAAAAGCAGACAGCAACAACUUGUUCUAAUUAUAUCACUGGAUGAUAUCGACACUGUGAAUCAUAUGUCUUACACAACAGUGGGAAAAGGAAAAACAGCCUAUAAGAAGCGAUAAUUAUCUGUGUGCUUAGCAAACUUUAAAGAAAUAUUCCAAGAACCAUAACAACUUAUGAUCCUUGCAUAAGAUAUGGUGCGAGUAAAUGACCUUUUCCUGAUUUCCUGCACACAGUUUCCUAUAACCGCAGCCCAGUACAAAUGUGUUCAUAAUAUCUUCAGAAUACUGCUGUGCCAUUCCACUAGAAAUGCAGGGGGGUUGAAAGAGUUGUGGCUUGCUUCCACUGAAUUCGGUCGAUUUCCUCACUCCAUUUAAAGGAACACUCCAGAAACAUCAAGCACUUUAGUUUAUAGUAGAAAUAAACACUUGUAUAAUUGGGGGGCAGAAACACCACCCUGACUGCCACUCAGACAGCAAGGGAUGUUUUCUUCGACUUCCGAUAGCUCCAUAGAGCUAAAGGAAGUGGCAUGCAUGCCGUGCUUGAGCGCUCCUAUCCCCCCCUUCUCAUUGGGCUCUAUUAUAGCUCACAGUGAAUUAUUGAAAAGCAGUAAUUGCAUGCACAAUCACGCUGUUAAUGAGUGUUUGCAAAGAUUGCAGAUUUUUCAAGUAGGUUUUUCUUUUUUCAAUAUACCCCAAAGAAAACUGGGGGAAAAAAAAUGAAAAUUGGAAGAAUAGAUCCAUGUUUUCUUUGGGGGUAUGUUCCCUAAAUAGUUGAAAAAAAACAAUGAAGUGUUCCUUUAAAUCUUCAGUACUUUUUACUAGGUUGAAGUAAAACAAAACAGUUUCAUAUGAAAAGAUAACUCUUUAACACCGAAGACCUUGAUCUCGCAGUUUUUUAAAUGACGACGCACUAGUAGACUUUUUUCUUGACGAUGUAUAUCUCUUGAUCCUUAAAAUAUUUGUGUAUUAUGGUCUUGAUGCGGUAUUUAUUAUUGUACCUUAAAGUAUUACGGAGUUAAGACACGUUUUAUGUGCUUAUAUUCUCUAAUAAAAAUAAAAAGUAUUCUCAAAUCCCACUAUUAUAUUUAGAGGCUGAAUGACAAAUAAAUAAUGAGCCCAGUUCUAAACCUUUUUGACUGCAGACUAAAGUUCCCUUUUGAUUGCUCAUGAUAAAUCGGUGAUGUUACAAUAUCAAGUAUUUCUUUCAUCACCUUUAAAUUGCCAAAUGUUCUUUUGGAACAUUUUUCAAUUUUACUGGCAAUUUUACUGGCAUUCUAAAGGCCGGUAUUUUGUUGCCAGCAUAUAUAAAAAUACAAAAUUGAAUGUUAACAACGUAUCCAUAUAUGUAUGUGUAUAUAUAUAUGUAAAUGGCUGGAAUUUCUACUCACUCAAGGUGAAAGUAAAUUAUCAAAUGUCUUGUCUGUAAAAUGUACAAAUUAAUAGAGACAUUUCUUAUUAUUAUUGGUAUUUGUAUAGCGCCAACUAAUUCCACAGAGCUUUACAAUAUUAUCAAAGGAGGGGACAUUUACAAUAAAAGAGACAAUUACACAGUGACACAGGAACAAUCGGUAGAUGAGGGCCCUGCUCAAAUUAACUUAGAGUCUACCGGAGGUGGGGUAAAAAUACACAACAGGGCAGCAAGGAUGACAGCCACCAAACAAGGUGGAAACGUAGUGUAACUGGAGGUGAGUUAAAUAACACUUGCUGCAGACACAAUAAAGGUAAACUUUCAGAUUGCAAUGCAAAAUUUACAGAAUACCCGGUACAGCAUUGUCACAAAUCCAUAUUUGCAUCACACUUUUCCAUAGGUUCCUCUCAUACUAGACUUUAUUUUUUUUUAACACAGCUUUGUCUGCCAUAAGGUAUAAUUCAGUGGGCAGUCAUAUAUAAAUGAUCUGCCUGUUCUAGGCUCAUCAGCAUUGCUGGCUUAGGUUCAGACACCAAUUUUGUACAGAAUUAAUAUUAGCCAGUCUGGAACUUUUUUUCUGGGGCUGCUAGUGAUGCUGCUGGAGGUGGAGUUACACCCCUGGCAGCUAAGGGGUUACUUGCUUAUUCCAUAGCAAAAUGUUGCACAUACAGGCUCCAGACAACAUUUAAUCAUUUGUGACAAAUGUUCUCCGAAACAUCAGACAUAUAAUUCUCAGUGACACUUUGAUGACUUUCCUCCAUUGGAUAAGCUUUUUUUUCACUCCAUUUUUCUCCAUGAAUAUAUACGAAACACUAAGUGAACCCCAGAUACAGAAACAGACAAAGAGUUAAUAAGAGUAAUAAUGCGUCCCUCUGCCUGCUAUAAAAAUUAAAUUCAGAGGCUUUCCUCAUAACUACAAAUGUGUUUAAAAUUGUAAAAAAUGUCCAUGUAUGUUGAAGCAACGUCUAUUUUCUCUGUUUAAUAAUAUACAGAAAAUAUACAGAAAAGACCUGGAGUAAUUAAUUGGAAACUGUCUUUAGAGAAUGGAAGCUAUUGUUGAAUCAGUGCUUUUAGUGGACGUGAAUGAAUUCAUAUUUCUUAUUAAAGACCCUCUGGGAUUAUUUGUGCACCCCUGAUUAAUAUAAUUAAUGCACGCAUUGGAGAGUGAUAGCCUUUAAGCUCAAUAAGAGUUAAAAUGUGAAUUGUGCGUCUUACAUUUCGACCAAACUGUUACUUUCUAUAUAGUCCAGUUUUCUUUCCCUCCCUCCCUAGAGAUGUUUCAGUCACUCUGGUAAUCAUUAAUCGUGGUAUUAUCACAGAAGAAAGCAAAUUGUUUUCAUAUUAUGUCAUGAUCAUUUCUACAACUUGAUCUGCUUUUAAUUGCUUUCAAUGGUAUGUGAGGUCAAAUCCACAUUGCAGCUUUUUAUUUUUCAUUUUUAUUUAUAAUUUUCGCUAUGCUUUUACAUUGCUUUAGUUUAUACCAAUAGACGAGAAAAUUACCUUUUUUUUUUUUUCAAUCCAAUCUUGGUAAAAAUAUUACCAGCAGCAGAGGAGUGUCAUUAAAUGCAGCCUUAAAGUCUAGUAUUGCAUUAAUUAUACUGAAUCCAUUUAGUGCUCAACCCUAUUGUAUAAUCCCCUGGGAGGAGCACAGAUUGUUUGAGCAGUGCGGCUCACUUCUGAUCAGCUGCUUUGAGCUCAGUUAUUUUGACAUUGCCAUUUUUUUGUACAGUACCCUUUUGUGUAUGUGACCUCUAAAGUACAGUACUUCACAAAAAUUCUGCCUCAGUCUCUGAUUAAUGUCUGAGCAUCUUUUACCAUGUAUCCAUGUGUCGCAGGACAGAUUACUUUUUCUAAUUGUUUACCUGAACCUCCCCAAAAACAAAAUCCACAAAAAAACAAGCAAAUAUUGUUGAAGUUUUUACUUUAAUAGUUUAUAGUCAACUGGUACUUCAUUAUGACACCCACGCAGGGAUGUAUUUACCACAAGGCAAACAAGGCAUUUUCCUAAGGUGGCACUUUUGGGGGGGGAGGUGCCAAAAAAUGCCACCCCAAGCUCCCAGACAAAUGCCUUGCUUGCCUUGUGUUCUGGGGCUGUCCACCUUACUGCGAGUGAGUGUAGAUGUCAGUGUGUGUCUGUGAGUGAGUGAAAGUGUGUGUGUCUUUCAGUGAGAAUGGGUGUGCCUGUGCGUGUGUGUCAGUGUGUGUAUGUCAUUUUAUGUGUAUCUGAGAGUGUGUGCCUGUCAGUGAGUGGGCGUGUCAGUGUGUGUCUGUCAGUGAAAGUGUGUGUUGGUUAAACAGUGUGUGCUUAUGACUGUAUAUCAGUACAUGAUUGUAUAUCAGUACAUGUAUCAAUGAGGGUAUAUGUCUGUCAGUCAAAAAAGUGGCCUUGACACUAAUUGGGGGGUCAAAUUUAGAUUUUGGGAGUGCCCGAAUUUAGUUGUGCCUAGGGCAGCACAAAUCCAAAAUACACCACUGCAACCAUGUCCUCCCUGGACAUGGCACUUAUGGGGGCUGAUCAAAUCAACUUUUGAAAUCUCUCUCUCUAUAUAUAUAUCUAUAUCGGUAUCUAUAUCUCUAUCUCUAUAUCUCUAUCUAUAUAUAUUUAUUAUUUAACGUUGGGAUGUUCUUUCUAUGGUUUAGAUUUGUGUCCCCUAUUCAUAUAAUUUAAAUAAGUUUACCUUUUUGUACAUCACUGAUAAUCUUUUUUUAUGCAACCCAAUCUGAUUUUGCUCAUGAAUGUUAAUCUUUUUAAAUCUGAACUUUAAAAAAAUAUGAUACAAUGUACUUUUAGUUAACCCCUAAAGCACUUCAGCACCCAUUAACCAAUAUAUGUAACAUUAAAUUUAGGUCACAGAGAUUCUUUAAAGGCAGAGAGAUUUCUUGUUAUGUAUGCUGUUUAUUCGCAUCAAACCAUUCAUCCAUCCAUCCAUUCAUGCAGUCCCGAACUUAUCAUUGCAAAACUGGACAAAUGUCUGCUGAGCCAUGUUGUUCUUGUAGAGGGUCUGUUUGAGAGAGUAGAGGAACUCAAAGUUUGAUCCAUUUAACCUUUACUGUCUUGAGCUCUGACCAUGUGGCCAGCACAAGAGAUCUUGUCUAGGUGGCAUUGUUUAUAAGGCUAUACAACACCUUGCAUAAUUGUUUGUGGGCAUCACUCCCAUAUGUAUUAGGUGUGCACCCAGCCCCCUCUCUAUAUGAUAUUUUAUGUGUCUCUAUAGCCCCUAUCCUAUGUACUGUUGUACUACAUGAUUUUGGCCACACUAUAUUGAGUGACAAUGUGGAGACGGGGUGUUAUGUCAGUCCCCCCUUUAGUACACCAGUAAGAGUUAAUCUUGUUAACAAUUCCUAAUCCUCUGUCUCUCCUACCAACGCAACAAUUCUUCUAUCCCAAAACCCAUAAUUCUCUCUCAAAACCAUCUACACAAACAUUCUUACUAGAGAUCAAACCCAUCCAGCCCAAGUUCUUACUUUCUAACUCUAUACCAUGGGUCGUCAACCUGGUCCCUACCACCCACUAGACCUUUCAGAUCUUGCUGUGUUGGUCUCUGUCCUACUGCUCCAUCUCUUUGGCUAAGAUCAUCAAGACUCAUGGAAACAUUGGGAGGCUAGAUUAGGAGAGUCAUUUGAUCAAUAACUGAAUUUUAACUCUGAUAUAGCUGCUAUAUCCCCUGUAGUGGCUGUCUGGAAGACAGUCACUAGAGGUGUUCUAACCUUGCAAUGUAAACAUUGCAGUUUCUAGAGAUCAAACCCCUCCAGCCCAAGUUCUUACUUUCUAACUCUAAACCAUGGGUCAUCAACCUGGUCCCUACCACCCACUAGUGGGUGUUUCAGGAUUCCAGGUGGCCGGUAUGGAUUUCUUCAUUUUGAGAAAUUGGGCGGGCGGGUGCGAGCCAGCGGUACCCCUGCGACCGGGUACCCGCCAUCACUAUAUGUGUCUGUAUGUAUGUAUGUGUGCCUGUCUGUUAUAGUGGGCUAUAGUAAGUAAUAGUAAGUGGGCUACCUAGCUCAGUCUUCCUACUGGGCAUUGCUAUAAGGAAGAUUAAAAAAUAGAAAAAAGAAAAAAAAAAGGUGGGGAGGGGAAUUGAGGAGGGAGAGGAGGGGAGCUGAUGCACAGAUGAGAAAUCAUAUUAUGAGCAAACAGAGAAGUUGUCUGAAUAUCACCGAAAGAGGAGACCUUUGUUUGUUCCUUACGAAAAUCGAACCAGAUACCAAAUAUUUAGUCUCGCAGCAUUAGCCUCAAGGAUCUCAUUAAUCACUAGUGAAGGUAAUUUCCAUUUACUUUGUUUUCUCAUUAAACUUCAGAAAGUUAAAAACAUUAUAAACAUGCAUAAAGUAGAAAUAAAAAAUAUUCUGCACUUGCGCAAAAACUGGUGGGCGGUAAGGAAAUGUUUUCAUCAAGAAAGAUGCAUUAGUGGGUGGUAGGUAGAAAAAGGUUGACUACCACUGAUCUAAACCCUCUAAUUUUAUUUCUAAUAACCCUAGUUUUCUAAUACUAAUUUUCAAAUUCUGGUCAUUGACUGUUCUUCAAAUGCAGUCAAGAAGGAAAAGAAUGGUUUUGACUUAUUUCUUUUCUUUUGUAUUAUUUGUCCCGUAAUUAUUUUUUUAUACACGUUUUUAAAACCACUUUGAAAUAAUUGCCCUAAAUCUGAAGGAUAGUGUCAUUAAUGCAUGUGGCUGUAAACGCGUAAAAACACUUUGUCAGAUUCUGUCUAAACGAAGUCUCUUAACAAAUGAAAUAGAUAUAAUGACAUAAGGCACUAUAUAAACACACUUUACUCUUGCCUCUAAUUUUUAUUUGCUUUUCUGCAUUGCUCACAGCUGCUAAGUCUCUAAGUGUCAAUAAUGUUGGAAAAGUUAAUAACAGCACCAGCUACGAUUUUCAAGACUUCCCUUUUUUGGGAACACACGUACUAAAGCCUUUCUGCAGGGAAUUGAUUCUCAAAAUGGCAGAACUUAAUGUUUGGAGAAUGACGUUCUUCUACGGGCCUCUGAAGUAACCCUGGAUUGAGAGGUUGUGAGUGUUUCCUUGAUGCUGCACAGCUGGUCUUCACAGCCUUUUGAUACUUAAAUUAUUGUUAUUUUCCAAAAGUGCAAAUGAACCAGGCAGUUUUCACUGCAUUAAACAUUUUGUCAGAGGGACAGGUCUAUUACAUCUCUACACACCUUAAAGGAACACUGUAGUGUUAGGAAUACAAAAAUGUAUUCCUAAUGUGAUAGUCUUAAUAUACCUUUUUAGGUCCCUCAUCAUGCGCGCCUUUGAGGGUUUGAAUAGUAAGUUUUACUUACCUUUCAGAUCUCGCUGUGUUGGUCUCUGUCCUGCUGCUCUGUCUCUUUGGCUAAGAUCAUCAAGACUCAUGGAAACAUUGGGAGGCUAGAUUAGGAGAGUCAUUUGAUCAAUAACUGAAUUUUAACUCUGAUAUAGCUGCUAUAUCCCCUGUAGUGGCUGUCUGGAAGACAGUCACUAGACGUGUUCUAACGUUGCAAUGUAAACAUUGCAGUUUCUGCAUUGUCUCACGUUGCAGGGUUAAUUGACACUAAGAUGUGUGGAUGCAUUUUGUUGUACUUAAAGGCUGGCAAACCAUCACAAGAGAUUUCGUCCUCUCACUCAUGGUGUUGUACCACUGUCUACGCCUACGUUAGAUUGUUCACUGUAUUUUUAUAUGCAAGAUGUCUAUCGCCUGUCAAACUUUGUUUCUAUAAACGGAGUAGCCAGCAGUACCUAUUUGUUAUCUUGGAACUGAAAUACUUGCCAUUCUCUCCCAGUGUUUUCACCGGCUGAAGUCUAGGUGUGGAUGAUCAACUGCUAAGCUACCUAUUGAUGACUGCUUUUACAAUAACUCAGGAAUAGCUGAAAUGUAUGUAGAUGGAACAAUAUCUCUACUUGUUGUAGCUGAGUUACUUUAAUAAUCGCAGAUCAUAUUCCUAGCUUGAUUAAUUCAGUAUUUCACAUUUUCCAAAGUUGUAUAAGAGUAUCAAGUUGUAAUAUAAUGUAAACGUCUAUACCACAGGACACUUGUUUAUAAAACAUUUGACCAGAAACGGUACAUAGAGAUUAUUCUACUUUUCAGGUUUGUCCUUGGCAGCAUAGAGAACUAACAUUUUUACAUAUAUUAUCGGAGGCAUAUACAAUUGUGCAGUUAUAGAUACAUUGUCUUGAAUAGGUACAACUUGUACAAUGCCAUAAUAGAUUAAGAUCUAGAUAUAGAUUAGACCGACCUCCCAUUUCCAAUCCUAUGGAAUCGCCAGCCUUACACCAAAAUUACAUUGCUCUAUCCCAAAACCCUUAGCUUGUGAGUAAAAUCCAACGAUUCAGAGAUGCUUGUAUUAAGAGGACAUAGACUUUAAAUUAGUGGGACAAAAGUUUAAAAAUAAUAUCAGAAAGUAUUACCGUAUUUUUCGCUCCAUAAGACGCACUUUUUUUCCCCUCAAAAGUGAGGGAUAAUGUCUGUGCGUCUUAUGGAGCGAAUGUGAAGAGUUACUUACCUGUCUUGGAGCGUGGGCCGGCUUCACAGCGCGCUCCGCGGUGCAGGAACUUCUAUUUCAGGUUCCGGUUUCCGGCGGGACUGAAAGGAAGUGUGCACACUCAGUCUUAUGGAGCGAAUGUGAAGAGUUACUUACCUGUCUUGGAGCGUGGGCCGGCUUCACAGCGCGCUCCGCGGUGCAGGAACUUCUAUUUCAGGUUCCGGUUUCCGGCGGGACUGAAAGGAAGUGUGCACACUUCCUUUCAGUCCCGCCGGAAACCGGAACCUGAAAUAGAAGUUCCUGCACCGCGGAGCGCGCUGUGAAGCCGGCCCACGCUCCAAGACAGGUAAGUAAUUAUGGGAGAAAGGGAGGGGGAGACACUAUGGGAGAAGCGAAGGGGGGGGACACUAUGGGAGAAGGGGAGGGGGACACUAUGGGGGAGAGGGAGGGAGACACACUAUGGGAGAGGGAGGAGGGACACUAUGGGAGAAGGGGAGGACACUAUGGGAGAAGGGAGGGGAGGGAGACACUAUGGGACAGGGAGGGGAGGGGACACUAUGGGAGAAGGGGAGGGGAGGAGACACUAUGGGAAAGGGGAGGGACACUAUGGGACAAAGGGGAGGAGACACUAUGGGGAGGGGGACACUAUGGGAGGGGAGGGGAGAGGGGGAUAAGGGGAGACACUAUGGGAGAAGGGGAGGGACACUAUGGGAGGGGGGGACACUAUGGGAGGGAAAGUGCACUAUGGGACAAUGGGAGGGGGGGACACUAUGGGAUCAGAACACUAAUGGACAAGGGGAGGAGGGGUUAAAGAACCCUAUGGGACAGGGUAGGAGGGGUUAAAGAACACUAUGGGACUGGGGAGGAGGGGUUAACAAUCACUAUGGGACAGAGGAAAGGGGGGUUAAAGAUCAUUAUGGGACGGGGAGAAAAAAAAAAUAUUCUGAACAAACUGUCCCAUAGUAAGAAACACUAUGGAACAGUUUGUUCAGAAUAUUUUUUUUCUGGGUUUCCUCCUCCAAAAACUAGGUGCGUCUUAUGGUGAGGUGCGUCUUAUGGAGCGAAAAAUACGGUACUUUACUAAGAGGGUAGUGGAUGCAUGGAAUAGCCUUCCAGCUGAAGUGGUAGAGGUUAACACAGUGAAGGAGUUUAAGCAUGAGUGGGAGAGGUAUAAGGCUAUCCUAACUAUAAGAUAAGGUCAUGGAUUAAUGAGAGUAUUUAGAAAAUUGGGAAGACUAUAUGGGCCAAAUGGUUCUUAUCUGCCGUCACAUUCUAUGUUUCUGUCUCUCUAUGCUACACAUCAUAUUGGGGCCAGGCUGGAUACAUUCCUCCAUUUCCAGCAGCCAAUUUGGAGGUGGAAAUAUUGAUAGUUAGGCAAGUGUAUCUUUUAAUAAUUCUGCUUUGUAGGGGUUUUUUCUUGGGGUGGGGGGACAUUUUCUGUGCACAAGUGGUCUUUUACUAAGUCUCAGUUCAGUGGUCUAGUGGACAGUGGCAUGGCCCAGUUAUCCACUUCCCCUUGAGUCUUCCAAUACCCAUAUACUUCGUGAGUUCUCUAAAGAUCGGCCAAAAAGAUAGCUAUUAUUUGGUCUUCUUGAAAACAGCAUUUGCAUAAUCUAUUAUAUAGCAGUCUGCCAGAUACUGUAUCUUACAUAAACCUUUAUAUUGCAUUGUGCUUUUAUUAAAGAAAAACUUGUAUGUUAGCUACAAUUUUCGUUUAACAAUCUAUUUAUUUUUCGGAGCUAUGCUCCGUCAUUUUGUUCACUUUAUAAUAUACUGGCGGUGAUAACUAGGAUUUAAGGGACUUAUGCUCUAUGGUCUGGCAGUCUUCUUCUUUCAACUCUUAUUGAAAGCAGUGAUAAUUAGUUGGUGAAGAUGAGCAGACCUGCCUUACUCAUCCUACAGAAUAAGACCCUUAAUCAUUCACAAAUUUAUCAGAUUAGUGUUUUUGUUCAUCACACUACACCCUAUUGUUUUUAGUGUUUUACUGUUUCUGUUUUGUGGAAUUUGUGACUCGCUGCGAAGGACCAUUUUAGGUUUCUCUCGAGUGAAGAUGACAUUUAGCUGCGAGUGAAGAACCGGAGACGUUUAAACAAUGAUAUAGCUUUCUGCACAUUGUAACGCAGUAAUAAAACUGUUAACAUUACUUUUAUUUUUGUAAAUUAGAUCUUGUUACUGGCUGGUAGAUGUGAGGAUCUCUUCAACUGAACCACCAUUAUUUACUUCUAUUUUUGGUAAUGUUCAAGUGGCUUGCCCAAAUGUAGUUCAUUGUUACUGAGGCAGAGGGGAUAGCUGCCUCUGAUGUCUACCCCACGAUGCUGCCCAGCCAUGCUAUAGUGAGGAUAAUCCCAAGGAUCAACUGUGGUCCUGAGAUCAGUGGGGAGUUUAUUCCAGAAUUUUGCUUUCUUUACAUUUUUGGGAUAUUCGUCCACCUCUUUUUUCCCUUCCAUGCUAACAAGAACUGUGUUUUUGUAAUGGAGUUGCCUCUUUUAUGUGAUGAAGUAUACCAUAUUGUGGACUACAGCCAGGUGUGAACAGUUUUAAAUGUCCUUGUAAUUUUUUAAUUUCCUUCAAUAUGGUCUAGCUUGUUUAGAAAUAAUGAAGUAUGGUUGACCAGUCUGGAAAGGGCUGAAAUGGUCUUAUGGUUUUAAGAUCAUGUGGUUUCUAGUGUGCUUUAUUAUUAUACAAUAUGUUUUCACAAUGUUUUUUGUAGUUUCACUUAUGGCGUUUAUGAUUUUUUAGGAUAGUUUCAAGGUACUUGAAUAUUUAGCGUGUAAUGUUUUUAUUGUUUGCAUUUGUUGUGAUGAGUUCUGCGUUAAUCCUUGUGGUGGCAAUGAUUUUUGCCUUCACAUGUUACCUACUCAGUCUUGUUUAAAUUAAGGUGUAAGAAGUGUGAUGAUGUUUGCCAGACAGUUUGAUUUUAAAUUACUAGUUGGAUUAUCUUGUGUAUUUGAUUAUUUAAAGGACCCCACCAGGCACCAUAACAACUUAAUUUCAAUGAGAUUAUGGUACCAGGAGGUCCUGGACAUAGCGCUCUACAUAACUUGUAGACUUUAGGGUUAAACUGUUCAGCUUAACCCCUUCAAGUAAGACAGUGCCUGGGAACUCCUAACACCAUACCUGCUUUAUUGCCGUGAAGUUGAUAUAGUGCUUGGAGUGUUCCUUUUCGGUAGCUCUUUUAAUUCAGUUAAUUUUCACUUGAAGUGUAACAUUUAAAAAAAGGCAGUACACCUAAAUAAGUGUAUACUUGCCCUAGCAGGAAAUAUAAUUUUGAAUAUGAAUUCUCUAGCUUCUAGAGUAUAUCACAGAUCCUGCACCUCCUCCCCAGAAUGAACUUUUAAGACCUCUGCUUUCUGGAGUGUUAUAUGGUUGUUGUGGGCUAAGAGCAGACAGCAUGUCCAAGCCAGUUGGAAACGAGCGUUGAAUAUUUUAUAUGUUUUUCCAGAGAAAUGAAAAUAAUUAUACUCUCUGCCUGCCUUUGUCCUGGUUUGUGGAGCUCACAAACCUCCUAGAAAACAAUCUAAAUUAUAUUUAAACAUCUUAUGCGUGGCUUAGUUUGCAUUCAAAAUGUCUUUUUUUUAUUGUUUAACUUCUGUGUCACAAUAAAAUAUGUUUUACAUCUUCAAAAUAUUAUGUAUUUUGAGGUAACCCAAAUAAUUAAAUUUUAAUUCCGGAAUAUGGAAACAUCCAUUUUUAAAGGUGAAUACUUUUACUGAUCAUAGCAUGUGGAUUAUUGUCCCUCUUGACUAGUGUAUCUGACUGCCUCUCUGCUGUUUCUAACUGGAUGGCUGCCCACUUCCUUAAACUAAACUUGACCAAAACUGAAAUUCUGGUCUUUCCUCCCUCAAGUGUUGUUACUCCUGUGUCUCCCUCCCUCCAAGUCAACGGUGCUACCAUCAGCUCCACCAUGCAGGCUCGCUGCCUAGGUGUUCUCCUUGACUCCGAACUCUCCUUCAAGCCUCAUGUUCAAUCUAUCGCCAAAUCCUGUCAUUUCCAUCUCAAAAACGUUGCGCGCAUCCGUCCCUACUUAACGCCAGAUGCGACUAAGGUGUCGGUCCAUUCCACUGUCCUUUCUCGCCUUGACUACUGUAAUCCGCUUCUCAGUGAUCUUACGCGCUCCCAACUUGCGCCGUUACAGUCCAUAAUGAAUGCGGCAGCGAGGCUCAUCUUCCUGUCCGCCCGCACCUCCCAUGCCUCACCCUACUGUCAGUCCCUACUUUGGCUUCCUAUAAAAUAUAUAUAUAUAUAUAAAUUCUGGUUCUUGCUUUCAAAUCUCUACAUAAUGCUGCUCCCACCUAUCUAUCCUCCCUUAUACACAAGUAUGUCCCAUCUAGGCCCUUACGAUCUGCUGAAGACUUACGUCUAUCUUCUGUCCGUACUCCCACCUCUGAUGCUCGCCUUUAAGAUUCCUCGAGGGCUGCACCAUUCCUGUUGAACCCAGUCUCCACUCCUUCAAAAAAUCGUUAAAAACCCACUUCUUCAUAAAAGCUUAUCCAUUAAACUGUUAAUAGCUCCUGACUGAUUCCUCUUCUGCAACUGUCACUAGUCUAAUACUAUCCUUACCUUUUUGUGUCACUUUACCCCACUCCCUCUAGCAUGUAAGCUCAUUGAGCAGGGCCCUCAACCCCUCUGUUCCUGUGUGUCCAACUUGUCUGGUUACAACUACAUGUCAGUUCGUCCACCCAUUGUAAAGCGCUGCAGAAUUUGAUGGCGCCAUAUAAAUAUCACAAUAAUAAUAAUAAUAAUGUCCUCUACCAGGCUUUCUUUCUUACAGUAUGAAGACUUGCUCCAUUCUAGGCCUGGUUAUCUUGAAUUUAUGUGAUGCCUGGUGCAAUACUUUUCUAGGAUAUCCCUUGCUUUUUCCUUCCUGGUUCAAUACUUGUCCAGGAUGUCCUUUGCUUUUCCCUAUUAAAUAUGCCAAAUGUAUAAUAUUUCAGCAUGUUUGUUAUGGGUGGCGAUGGAGAUUUGGACCGUGCUAUUUAAUGUUUAUGUCACAUUUCCCAAAGAUUAUUUUUUUGAUAGAGUGGAAAAUUUGCAAGUAAAUCCAUAACAAUGCAGUUAAAAACGACUCAUUAUGUCACUGGUGUAAGCACAGGGGAUCGAAGAGGAAUUUGUAUUAAGCUAUAACUGGCUUAUCAAGUCCUAAAGGUCUAUCAUUUCUAGAAUCCCUAAAUCCUCUAGUCAAUGCUGUAGUAAUAAUAUCCAGGAAGAUAAGAAUUAUCAUAUAAAUAUCUACUAUAUUUUCAAGUAUGUUAUAUUUCUGGAACAUGUAAAGUUGACCAAAUUAUAUUAAGCACUUUGUUUUGUUAAAUGAUUAAAAUUUUUGCAUAUAACUAAUUAAAAGAACGGUAUAAGCACCCAGACUACUUAAUCUCACUGAAGUGGUGUGGGUGCCAUGUCUCACUUGUUUUAACCCUGCAGCUGAAAACACGGUGUUCUACAGAAUGACAAUGUUUAUAUUACAAGGUAAAAUGCCUCUUGUGCGUGUUACUCAGACACCCACUAGAGGAGUUUCCAAUCAGUAAAACUCAGAGAGGCCCUUUCAUUGGCACAGCGUGGCACCUUUGUGUGCAUGUUUGGUAUUCAGCGUGAUAUGUUUAUAGAGGACCAUUGAAUCCAAUGAUUCUCUAAGAGAAGCCCUGACUUCUGCUAUGAGCGAGUGCGCAAAGUGAGUGAGGAUGAAAGCCCUCCUGGCUAUCUGAUGGGUAGGUGAGAUUUACUUCUAAUGGGUUGAUAAAAGUAAGGAGUUCUCUUGAAAUUGAUACUUUAAUAUGACAAAGGCUGCAUGCUAUUAACCCAUAAAGCCUUUCAGCAAGCUGACGUGAUUUGGGGGUUCAAUUGUAUUCUUAACAAAAAUGCGCAUUUGUCAGUUCUACUUACUUUACACAAGGGAUGGACUUUCCUAUUGAAGCUGUGCUGCUUCCAUGACAACCACCCCUCUCCCCACCCCAAUAAAUAUAUAUACACACAUACAUAUAUACAAACAGGACAUAGCAGUUCCCCUGGUUCUAUGGAAGACAUUGGAAUCCUCUGUGAACAUCUGCCCCAACUCCCAAAAUAGUAUGUGUAGCAUCCCACAAUUCCUAGGAUCCUGUUUGCCACUCAUUUUUGGGCAUUUGCAAUGGAAAAACUAACUGCCUGUGGCUUCCACAUUUGUAAUCUUUAACCCCAUACCAAUAGAGUCAAAGAUCAAAGAGCAAAGUAAAAAAUAUAUUUUUUCCUGUAUACAGUUGCCAGCAUAUUUGCCGGCACAGUGUAUUAAACUAAGUUUUCGUUACAUAUCAGGCACACUUUUUUUUGUUAUAUUUUACAUCGCACAGAUCUGCACAAUAUGUUGAAACUGUAUUGUACUGUAUUGUAUUGUAGUGAUGGUAUAACGAAACGUUACAUAAAUCACAUGGAAUAUUAUACUUAGCGAUAAUUCAUUAGAAUAUUUACAAGUGCAGAUUUCUAAAUGCAGCCAAAUUCUGUCUAAAACAAUAACUGGAGCACUCACAAUUUGCAAGUCAUUUUUUUGGGUUGGUUUAUUUCAGCUAAUUCAGCGUUCUAGUCUACUUUACAAAACUAUUAAUAAGAUGUGCUAGUUUUUUGUUUUUUUUUUGUUUUUUUUAACUGAGCUAUUUAUUAGUUACAUAACCAAAUGAUAUGAAUAUUUUUCCAUCUGUUCCCACUCUAGGAAAACUAGGUUUUCGCUACGAUAAAAACAUAUAUAAUUAGUUCAAGUCUUGCUUCCAGGAAGAGCUUUGCAUUGGUGCCCAAGCGUACAAUCUCCUACCCAGCUUUGUGUUUUAUAACUAAAAGGAUAUCCUGCUUUGAUUAGCCAGAAUAGAUUCUUGGGGUUCCCAAGCCACAUUGCUCAGAUCAUAAUACAACUGUGUGUGUGCAUGCAUGUGCAGUGUUAUCUCUUGUGUAUGUGUGUGUGUGUGUAUGUAUAUAUAUAUCUGUAAAGGAACAAAGGAUGCACUCUCAGGACUUGUGUUUGGUGCUUUAAUAUAAUAAAUCCAUAUGAAAAAAAUAAAUAUUGGUGUUUCAAUCCAGCCGGGUCUUUUUCUAGAUCAAACUGAAUAAUACAAUUUACAAAUAUAUAUUAAGAAUGAAACAAUAUACAAUAUGCCAGCUGAAUCACGUGACAUACAGCAAUUCUCACCUUUACUUCCACGACGCCCACUGGACCCCCCAGCAGCAGGGAGUCUUUGCAAAGGCUAAUUUUAUACAUAUAUAAAAUUAGCCUUCGCCGAAUUUGCAAAGAUUCCCGAUGGUGACUUUGCUGCUAGGGGUCCAGUGGCCGGGGUGGAAGUAAAGGUGAGAAUUGCUGUAUGUCACGUAUAUAUAUAUAUAUAUAUAUAUAUAUAUAUAUAUAUAUAUAUAUAUAUAUAUAUAUAGUAUCUAAAAAUAUUGACUUUAAAUGGUGCUUGUUGCAGGAGCCCAACCUUUUAUGUAGCUCCAAGGAAAUAAUUAGUUGGUACGCUCUACAUCUUAUUAAAAACCUCUACUUUGCAUGUAUGAAAAUAUAGUGAUCCAAAGAUAUUUGCAGAACUUUGCAUUACUGCACCCAGAGGAAAGUACCACCCAAACAUUUUACUUAAAAAACUGAUUAUAAAUGAGGUGCAGGGGCAGGGCCUGACUGCAGAGCUGAGAGGACGCUUGCCUCAGCAACUCUGGUUAAAGGGGGACAGAAAAAGCUAAAUUAAGCUACUGUAAAGGCACACAAAGGCUACCCGGCGCAAGGGGACACCGGGGCACACAAGUAGAUCCACACCAAGCGACGUUUCAAUCAGUACGCACCCGACAUCCUGGCUAGGCCUACCAGCAUGGCAAGUGCAGGAGAGACAGAUGCUCUCCUGCUGCCAAGAACGACCAGAAACUCGACCCAGAGCCCUCGUUUCCCCCUCUAUAACCAGGUGGGGGGGGGGGGUUAUCCCAGACCAACCCACACACUCCCCCUGACAAGCUGUACUCAUGCAACACAACCACGAAGUCAGGAAGACACUAAUGAGGCCUACAAAAUGGCAGAUGAUUCACACACCACAGCUAUGUGCAGAGCCGGAAGGAAAACAGAGACCCAAUGGCAUCUUUGGCGCUUUCUGGGAGAAGCUGGAGGCGCUCAUGUGGCCUCCGGUACUGGAGACCCCAUCUGAGGGCACAACACAGGGCCCAACAAGGGAAGACAGAGAGAGGGACACAACAAGCCCCCCAGGCCGCCCCGAAAGCAGAAGAAUGGAACCCGACUAAGAGCAGACACUGCCCGAAAAAAGGCCAUCAAGGUCCAUGGAAAACCUGCAAGCAAGCGCCAAAGGCCACCUGGCCCACAUGCUAUGACCCAGCACAGGCCCUGGAGGGGCAAAGCCCACCAUGACCAACCGAAAAGACAUCAAAGCACAAGGCCUAACAUGGCGGCAGCUGCAGAUCGACCACACUGGAAAAGCAGCAGCCCGCGACCACACCAAGCAGAGGGACUCACAACCGGGACUAUACACUACCUAUCAAGCGAGCCAGAUUUCCACACUGGAACUAUUCUCCCCCACACUCCUGGACCACUGAAAGCGAGGCGCACACCACCACACCAGGAAGACUCCGUGACCCUGCAGGGCAUCGGCUGACUGUCAUAAUACAAGGGCAGCUGCAUGGACAUUGGGACAGCAGUUUCUCACAUGGGCACUCACGACUCACAGUUUUAGGGGACCACCACAUCACCACACAUUUUGGCGAAUCCAUGACUGUGUCCAACGACCGUGUCCAAGCCCGCUCCACGCACCUACACCGACUAGGCCUCAGACGCUAGGAAAUUACACUUACCACUCAGGGGACAAGACACCACAUACCCAUAAUCUCCAACUCAUCGUCAGAUCGCAUAACCUAUACAAACUCGCACUAAGAUAUCGAACCGCUUGUUUAUCUUAUAAUGUUUUUAUCAAAUCUGAUGUUCUAGCUUGAAACACUUAGUCUAUUGUUUAUACCUGCUAUUGUUAUUCUUCCCUUAUACUUAAAAAUGUGCCUGUAUUCUCAAAUGCUCCUACUGUUAUGCAUGACAAAAAGGCUUGAGGACUGCUGUUGGGGCACCACGAGCUUUGUCUGUUAUUGCCACUAUGCACAACAAAAAUUUAAAAAUAAAAAAAAAAAUAAUAAAGUGAGGUGUAAAAAUAAAAUUUUGAUAUUCACUAGUCAUUUUUAAAAAACUUUUUUUUUUAGUUUUUCUAUUUCUAACUAAACAUUCAAACAUGGUACAUGAAACACCACUUGACCAUUUAUUAGGGUACGCCUUUCAAACCACUUACACAUACAUAUAUUGUACACCAAAAAUCUAAUUGUCCCAAAGUGUCAUAUUUUUAUUUAUACACAAAGACAAAUAUCCACCAAACUUAGGUGGGCAACUGUCACAUUUCAUUAUUACAUUUAAAAAAAAUAUGCAUAUUGAUUUUUUUGGAGAAUAUUUGACUUUUUAUCUGACAAUGUGCUUCAUAGCCUAACUUACUUACUUGAAUUGAAGCUACAGCAACAGGCAAGUUGUUAAGUUGAACAGCAUUAGGCCAGAUAACAGUAUAGUCUGACCCAACAUGGCUGCUUCAGCAGAUUAAAAGUUACAUUUUGUCAAAAUAAUUAAUACAUAUAAUGCAACAAAAAAAAAUAUUCAGUUAACUUAAUUGUAAUAAACUUUUAAAAAUAAUUAGAAGUGAAAAUUUGACUGACGGGACCGGCGCUGCAUCGGGUGCGGUGUUGCCUGCCGUCUCUCCCGCCUCCCCUCCUCCUUGCCCCCCCCUUCUCCUCCGCCCGGCGGGUCCCCUGGGGCCCCCCCUCCCGCGCCUGGUCUACCCUUACCCCCCUCUAUGGCUCCCUUGCUCUUCUUUUUUCUGUACUUUUCUACUAUUUUCUCUCUCUCAUUCUGGCCCCCACUCUGGACAAGGGCCUUCUCACCUUUUUAUCACACAUACAGCUUCCAAAAGCACUGAUAGUCUACAUAUGCUUAUCGUUAGCACGUUCGCCCAUGUUUUAGCAGGCCAGAUAGGUAGGCACCAGGGGCUAACGGGGUUCCUCGCGGCCCAAGGCUACUGCCGCAUCGGGCACGCCACUAAGAGCCGGCCCAGAGCACCUUGUCGCAGGUGAUGCUCGGCAUUCUGCUAGGUUUGGCCGUGCGGGCCCCUUACCCCUGUUCAGCCGGGCCUACACAGCUCCAAAGGUCUCCUGCAAGAACACACGAUCAUACUCAUACGCAGUAUCCUUUAGCAAGACGUAGAGUAGACACCACCGGUUAUCUCUAGGGGCCCUACACCUUCCCUGGCCGUUAUCAGCUCAUGAUUGUGCACAGUAAAAUGUCAAUUUGAUGGUUUAUUAAUGUAUGUACCCCCAUUGGGGAGCCUCAUAUAUUAGCUAUGCAAUUUGUUAUAUUCUGUUGCCUUUUCUACUGCUCAUCCAUAUGGUGUGCCUGUACUCCCAGCAAGCUCGCUUCGUUAGGUCACGAUUGUAUGUUAUGUAAUGGGGGCAUACUGUCUUAUCUUUUCGCUGAUAUGUCAAACAAAAAUAAAGAAUUAAAAAAAAAAAAAAAAAAGAAGUGAAAAUUUGAGAAAAGUUGUGAUUUAAGUGAUAAAUGUUAGGAAGGGACAGCUUAAUUGCCACGCAUAAUUGGCGUAUAAGCCUUCUACUUCUAAAGCGUUUUGAGUGCUUGCAUUUUGUGUAGAUUCUAUAGCACACUAGAUGUCUGUAAGUGAAUAUGUAUAUUGUGUGACUGUAGCUUUGAAAAGUAUAGUACAGCUGUAAAAUUCCUGAUGAUCAGCACAUAGCAAUAAUCAACAAAUGGCCUUUCCUGGCCUGGGAACACCAAGGGUUUAUCAGAUAAAACUACAUCCUGGAAGUUUUAAAAACAAAAGUAUUCUGAAUCGGUUCUCAGACCCUAAACAAUUCUGAGUAAAUAUUCCUUCCUGCAAAAUCAAAACAUAAGCAGGAAACUCAGGCACACUUUAAUCAGGAAUCUUCAUAAAGAGGUUAACAGGGUGUCAUAAGAGGGACAAACCAAAAAAGAAGAGUUUAACACACUCAUCCAAACAUGGUUUUACAAGGGACGUAACUCGAAACGCGUGGACAAAGUGAAACUGUGUCUCUCGAUUCCCAUUGUGAAGUUACAUGGGUGAGGCCAGGAAGUUUAUACCCCAUUGAUAGCAGAAUUAAUGGCUGUCAACAUACACGUUACUGACACUUCAAGUAUCUUCUAAUAAUUCCCACUGAGUCUCCUGGCAUGGAAGUUCUGUUUACAGAUUUCGGGUGCAAAAUAUUACUCAAGAACUAAUGCUUGUUCAAAUACCCUGAUUCCAAUGGGACACAGGGUACGGUUUGCAAACGAUGGUCAGUAUCAUGCACUGUAUGUCAGAUAACCAUUAACAAGCGCACAUAUGUGUUGGUUAAUAUCACUACCCCUAACCAAUAAAACCCACUGGUGUAUGCCUGCUUUUACAAACUGGGAUUGCCCCAGGAGAAUAAAGACACUUGUGAAGUAGGACACAUACAGUUAUAUUUUUCUAUAGGCAGAACAUACUUAGACUGUUGUGUAUGUUGUUUAAACACUAGUCAAGCACCCCUUUCUCCUAGUAUAUAUCUGACCAUACAAUAUUUGAAAUUGAUGCCUUAGCUGAUGUGAGUGGAGCUGUCAGCCUAGCCCAAUAAACUGUAAAAAAAUCUUUCAGGGAGGCGAGAACUUUACCUUGUACAUGCUGUACAAAUAUUUGGAGGAAGUUGAGUUUUUUUCCUCUGAUGUCAGGCACACAAGGGGUAGGCUCAUAUAUCAGUGUUUGUAGAUUGUCUUCAAUAUAAGCUGCUGUUUGCACGGAAAUAGGAACACUGAUGCUCUUUGCAUUGUAACAUAUGUAGGGAACAUGCAAUUUAAUUUACUAUUAAAUGGAAGUACAUUGUUAUGUCCUUGGAGUGUCAUUUUAAAAUGAUUGAGCAGUGAAUUGCUUCACUGAUCCCAGAAAACAAAUGCAGUUUGACAUUUAAUAGCACAGUGUAUCUAAUAUUGUUUGAUAAUCAUACUGUGUAGCUUACAGCUCUCAACAAGUAGCAUAUACAAUUUUGACCUAAAAGAGAGCUAGUGUUAUUUAGAGGAAUUUUUAGAAAUAUACAUUGUAGCUUUAAGUUCACAGAAGGGUCUUGUUUUCCAGUUUAAGUUCCAGGCAUUCUUUUUAAAAGAUUUAUUGACCUGGUAUCCUUUCUUGUAUGGACUUAUAAUAUUUGUCAGGUUUUUGCCAUAUGUAGAAGCUGCAUGAUUAACCAGUACAGAAAUUUUACUCUUUCUUAGCAAAAAGAUCUCAAGUGCUUUUUUAUCACAAGUCAAGUAUGUUUUCCACUUUACAUUAAAAACUCUUUGCGUGUUGUGUUGAUAGUUUUUAAAUAUUCUGCAUUGUUCUUAGUUUUAACUUGCUUAAAAAAGUAACUAACCUGGACUUCCUGUGAAUUAUUUGUUGAUAAAAUAUAUCAUCAGUCCUGCUAAAAUUCUCAAGUAUCGCAUGCUGUAAGCCGCAUGAUUUUGCAAUCUGUAAAGCUCAAGCGAUCUGAAAUGUCUUUGUGUUGAAAUCCUCAGAGAGGUUUACUUUAUCUUAAUUAAAAUAAAUACAGAUGACAGCCUUCCAUUCAGCAGAUGUAAAAGUACACCUAUGUGUUCUAUACACACACUUGUGCAAAAUAAAUUACAUAUACAUAGCACUGCCUUCUCUCUUUUUACGUUGUGUUGCGGGUAUAUAACUAGAUAUAUUAUAACUUGAUUAGAUAUAGAGUCAUUUAAAUCUUCUGAUUUUUUUUUUAAAUGCCUUGGGGUUUGUGCCAAUUUAAAGUGUCAUAUAAUAUAGCAGCAGUUCUCCAAUCUGUCUUUAAGUAUCUCUACCAAAGACUUAUGAGUUUUAGAAAGAAAGGUUCUAUGAGUAAAGUCCUCUCGGUGUGAAAUGCGUUACGCUUUGACUCCCCCUUGUAGUGCAGUUCCUCAUGUGGAUAUUGUUCGUACUAAUAAAGCUGCAUCCAUGGAGAUUCAAUGCAUCUCUAUGAGGUGAUGCUGAUUGGCACAAGGUGACAUUUUGCUGCGCAAGCGCAAUACCCUCCCAAUGCUUUUCUGUUGGAAAGCAUUGGAUUGGCUGAGAUCAAGAACAUUGAUGAGCUUAUCCAGUGUGGCCAGCCACUGGACAACAGGUAGGUAAACUAAGGACUGCCGGUCACCUAACCAGCCACAAUUGCAUGUAUUCAUAACACUAUAGUGUUCCUUCGAUGGUCCUCAGGCUUGAUGCUCAUAUAUUCUUGUGUGAGCCGUUAUCUCUUCUAUUUGCUUGUAUGUGUAAUUAACCCCUUAAGGACCAAACUUCUGGAAUAAAAGGGAAUCAUGACAUGUCACACAUGUCAUGUGUCCUUAAGGGGUUAAAGAAUAAAGGAGGACGAGGAGCAAUGCUUGUGGAGUUCUGCUUCUUGUGAAAGAAACUUGAUACAUUUCAUCCAUUAAGGACCUUUAUGGAGUGUCACUACAUAGCAAAAUAAUCAACUAUGAUAAAUAUACACUAUGAGCAGUUGACGGAGGCUAGAUGAAUAUGAUGUGCCCAUUCCAACCUUUGUAAACCUCUGAAGAAAACCACAGAGACACCAUUUGGGUGUAGACUUCAUGGCUUACACUAAUAAUUUGGCAUGGUACUUCUGUGAAGGUGCUCCAAGUGAAGCUGAUAAAGAAUUGACCAUGUUGGAUUUUUCUGGCCUAUUUUAUAUUGAAGGACAGAGCUCAAACAAGUAUUGAGAAUAUGCUUAUGUUUUCAUGUCACAUACCUGAGGUUAUUUACGAUAUUUAUACAAAUGGAAAAGGUGUUGGCUUUGCAUACUUCAGGUGGUGGUCUUUCAAGCUUCAAGAGAGAAAAAAUGGAAGUUUGUUUUCCUCAAAUAAAUCCUUGUAUGGCGUGAAGGAGUCUGUAGCCAAAGACGUUAAUAUUUCAAUUCCACUAGAAGGAAAAAUACAAAAGUUGUGAUAUUUACAUCAAGGGAGUUUUUUGAUUUUUUUUACGAUACCAUAUUCACUUUACGAGCGAGAAGCCGAGAGUUUCCCCCCUCUGGUAUUGAGAAAACGUAGAGUAUGAUUAUAACAUUUCAUAACAAGACUCUUGCUAUAAAGUUCUAUGCCUGAAACUCUGCAAAAAUAAAACCGUACAUCAUCAGCGGUGUUUAUUUUGAUAAUUUUUCAUGAUUUGUACCCCAGCCUUUUCUCAUAGUACAAAUUACUUUACCAGAGUAAUGGAUCGGCAGUCCAUAGACUGUUUUCUCAAGUCUCGUUGCUGUGGAGAUGUCCAGUCUUCCAUGAAAACUAUUAUCUCCAGGGAGAACAAAAUCAUUUGCAGCUGUCUUAACCUCCCUGACAUUAUACAUAUCUGCUUGCGGCCUCUGUCAGAGUUUUCUGAGAUACAAUAUACGAAUAAUUAUGUUUUUUUUUCCUUUCAAUUAAAGAUAAUAUAUACAUAUAUGUUGAAGGAUGAUAGUUCAGCAAAUAAAAAUCAUGAAGUAGCAGUUUUAAAUUAAUUCUGUAACUCGCUAAGUGAUAAGCCUGUCUGAUAGUUGCACCAUUCGAUUUCAUGCGGGAGCCCCUUUAGAACCUUAGAACCAUAAAUCUGUAACUUGAAGGAAAUUCACAGAAACUGCUCACUUUCAUGUUUUUUUUCCACUUCAUUCUUCACAGAAUCCAUUAAGGGUAAUCUGCACAUUAUCUGUUAUUUCAGAGCAUUAGAGGUAAAAGCAGUUAUUUCAGAUGUCUUAGUCAAGGUACUGUGUGAUUUGUCUUGUAUCAUUUAAUAAUGAUAUUGCAACAUUUUAACUGGAACAAGUUGUCAAGCACUGUAAUUCUCAUUUACGCACUUUAGAUAAGGGAUUUCACAACAACUGUCCUAAAUUGAAGAAUGUGCGUUUGAUGAUGUAAGGGGCACUUUAAAAAUCAUAGAAGCCAUACAUUUUUUCACAUUUGACUAUUCUUGCCCAAAAUUAGCAAUUUCCUGUUAAUCUUCAAAAUUCUGUUUAGGGGAUAAACCCAAUAUGUCGUUCUAAACCUCAUGGAUCUGAAUAUACAAAUACUUAGGAAUUAUAACCUGUUUCUGUAAUGUGAGAGUCUUAUCUUGACUUUCUAGACAGCUAUAUGCAAGACUUAUUACAGAUAUUAUAAUGAGUAAUUUAACACUUAAGGGCAGAGAUGGCAAACUGAUUCAGCCAAUUAACUGCAGUGGUUACAUCCAUGGAUAGAAUCUGUGUUUAUACGUCAAAUUCAAGGUCUAAAUCAGGCUUCCCCAAACUCCGGCCCUCCAGAUGUUGCUGAACUACAACUCCCAUGAUUUGAAAUAGAUAGGCUGAGAAUCAUGGGAGUUUUAGUUCAGCAACAUCUGGAGGGCUGGAGUUUCAGGAAGCCUGGCCUAAAUGCUUCAGCCAGUAUGUUUAUAUCUGACUUCGCUCUUAUUAUCACAAAAAACUAAGCAUGUUUAAUAAAUCCCUUUUGGCCUUUGCCGACAUUUAUAUAAAAUCCACAGGCAUUAUUUCAUGUGUUCAUUUACUGUGGUUCUUAAAUUAUGUAUUAAAACCUCUUAUAUACAUAGUUGUAGCAAGUCUUGUUGCUUUGUAUAACACAUGUUGGGUACAUUUUGUGUUUUAAAGGGGUUAUUUAAGCAACCAUAACCAUAUAUAGCUCAGAAUAGUGGUUGGAGUGCAGGUAGUCAAUGGGCAGAACCCUCCAUUUAUUUUUUGUUUUGUCAGUAAGUGAUAUAUUUAGUGUGUGUGUGUUACAUGUUUAUCUUAAAUGUCUGUAUCUGUAGCACAUAGAAGCACGUCCUGUUCUGUAUAUGUGCUACAUAAUUCUAUAGAAACACGUCUGUCUAUGAACUUAUCUAUUUUUAUCGACUGAUCCAUUUAUUUACCCUGUGUCAAUACUAUAGUGUGAUUAUAAUGCUCAGUUUAUAUGGUAUGUAAGAAUAUAACAAACCUAAAUGUUAGUAUCAUGUUUGUAAUUUACAAUAAGUCAAUGACUUGUGCAAGAAAAUCAACAGUUGAUAGAGACAACUAAAAAGAAAAAUCUAUGAUCUUUUCUAAAACUUUAUUUUUAUUUUCCUCUAUAUAGAUUACGUUACAUUUAUCUCCAAUCCUAUCCAUCGCUGUUCACCAGAAACCAUUAGUGUUUCUCCUAAACUCCCCACAUCCUGUGACCUGGGAGCUAAAGACAGAAGGACUUGCUGUGGGCAUUCAAAGAUUUUUCUUUGUAAGUAUGCAGAUGAUUGUGAAAUUAACUGUUUUGGUAUGCAUCUACAUAUGA